CGAUCGACGUCUUGGUUUCAGUCUCGGGGAUUAUGACUUGAAACAGUUUGAAAAUAGAUAUUUUUAAAAGAAUAUACAUAUAUCUAUAUCUAAAGCACCAUACGAUACAGAUAUAUGUAUACGUCUGCAACCAUUUCGUUCGCCUAGAGUCCCGCACACGAAAGUAUAUAUAUAUAGAACGUCGAAAGGAUAACGCAAUUUCGACGAUUUAAAGAAGCGACCAAAGAGAGAGAUAUAUAAAUAUAUAUAGAAGUAUAUCAAGUGAAGAAGCAAAUCAAAGAAAGAGUGAUCGCGAGGUGUUCAAUUCUACAGUGCAGUUCAUUCUGCAGCGAUUUGGUUGUCAUUUUAAAUGAUAUAUAGUGAUAUAUAACGCAUCAAAAUGCAACGACAAAAUCCGAACCCGUACCAGCAGCAGCAACAACAGCAGCAGCAGCAGCAGCAGGUGCAGCAGUACUCCACGCAGGAGUACUCGCACUCUAGCCAGGAGCAGCACCAGCAGCAAAGGAUUAGCCGCACCGAGCAGCACGUCCAGCGCAGCCAAAUUACCACCCAACGGCAAGUGCAACAACUCCAUGGUGGCAACAUCGGUGGCGCCUAUGUGCCCCCGGCGCUGACACACGUGUACGCCCAGGGUGACAUAUCGCCGCCCGUGUUCGAGCAGAUCUUCAAGAAUGCUCGCUUCGCCCAGGGCGGCAAUGCCCUGUUCGAGGGACGCCUGCGUGGCAACCCGAAGCCAUUCGUGACCUGGACCCGGAAAGGCGCACCCCUUCUCGAGUCGCAGAAGUUCCGGAUGAGCUACAAUGAGGCCACCGGCGAUGUGUCCCUGCUGAUCAACCAGAUCGGACCCGGGGACGAGGGCGAGUAUACGUGCACGGCACGCAACCAGUACGGCGAGGCCAUCUGCAGCGUCUACAUCCAGCCGGAGGGCGCACCAAUGCCCGCCCUGCAGCCCAUCCAGAAUCUGGAGAAGAACAUCUACUCCAAUGGGUAUUCGUACACGUCCAUCGAGGAGGAGUUCCGCGUGGAUACCUUCGAGUACCGGCUGCUGCGUGAGGUCUCCUUCCGUGAGGCCAUUACCCGUCGUUCCGGCUAUGAGCAGGACUCGCAACUCUCGCAGGAGCUGGACCGUAGCCAGGGUCCGGCGCAGGCACCGCAGAUCUCGCAGAAGCCGCGCAGCUCCAAGCUGAUCGAGGGCUCCGAUGCCGUCUUUACGGCUCGUGUCGGUUCUAACCCGAAGCCCCGGCUCACCUGGUUCCAUAAUGGCCAGCGCCUGGUGGCCUCGCAGAAGUACGAGAUCUCCUACUCCAGCGGAGUGGCCACUCUGCGUGUGAAGAACGCCACGGCUCGCGACGGCGGUCAUUACACCCUGCUCGCCGAGAAUCUGCAGGGCUGUGUGGUUUCAUCCGCCGUGUUGGCCGUGGAACCGGCCGCUGAGACUGCCUACGAGCCCAAGCCCGUGGACAUGAUGGCCGAGCAACUGGAGGCGGGCAAGGCAUUGCCCCCUGCCUUCGUGAAGGCUUUCGGAGACCGCGAGGUGACCGAGGGUCGUAUGACCAGGUUCGACUGCCGUGUGACUGGCAAUCCCUAUCCCGAGGUCUUUUGGUUAAUCAACGGACGCCAGGUUCGUGACGAUGCCUCCCAUAAGAUCCUGGUCAAUGAGUCCGGAAGCCAUUCGCUGAUGAUCACCAAUGUGACUCGUCUGGAUUCCGGCGCUGUCCAGUGUCUGGCCCGCAACAAGGCCGGUGAGGUGGCCAUCGAGGCGCAUUUGAAUGUGCUGGAGAAGGAGCAGGUUGUCGCACCACAAUUUGUUCAACGCUUUAGCACCAUGACUGUGCGUGAGGGUGAGCCCAUCACGAUGAGUGCCAAUGCCAUUGGCACACCUCAGCCACGCAUCACCUGGCAAAAGGACGGCGUCCAGAUCUCGUCUACCGCCGAGCGCUUCGUGGGCAUCGACGGCGGCGCCACUUGCCUGGAGAUUCCACGCGUCAAGGCCACCGAUGCGGGUUGGUACCAGUGCACCGCCCAGAAUAUUGCCGGAUCGACGGCCAAUAGGGCCCGACUUUAUGUCGAAGUGCCCAGGGAGGAGCCAAGCUACGAGCAGCGUCGUCUCAAUCUCCCGAGACCAACGAAAGUCAUCGAGCCAGAACCCAUUCCUGGCCCUGAAAUCAUUUAUCUGCGCCAUGUAGAGCGCGCCAAGCCCCAUCUUCGCCCUGGCGAGGAAGACCGCGUGUAUCCGCCACCGCAGUUCAUUAUCCCGCUGCAGAAUGUGCAGCAAACCGAGGGUGGACGUGUCCACAUGGAGGCACGCAUCGAGCCCGUUGGCGACCCUACCAUGGUGGUUGAGUGGUUCCUUAAUGGACGCCCUCUGGCAGCCAGUGCCCGCGCCACGUCCGUCUUCAAGUUUGGCUUUAUUGCCCUGGAUCUGCUGAGCAUCAUGGGCCAUGAUUCCGGCGAAUACAUGUGCCGUGUGAGCAAUGCCAGCGGAGUGGCCGAAUCCCGUGCCAUUCUCUCCGUGGUGCAGCGUCCCUCCAUUGAGCAAUCAUCACAAAACCCGAAUAGCUUGCAGUACAUUAACCAGGUUGAGGAUUACUCGCGCUACCAGCGCCAGGAGAGCUCGGAGGAGCAAAUUAACCAGGCACCGCAGUUCAUUCGCCCGCUCCGCGAUCUCGGCGAGUUCGAGGAGGGCAAGAAUGUGCACUUUGAGGCGCAAGUUACGCCCGUAAAUGAUCCCUCCAUGCGCGUGGAGUGGUACAAGGAUGGCCUGCCCAUUACAGCCAGUUCCCGCAUCACCGCCAUUUUUAACUUUGGCUACGUCUCCCUGAACAUUUUGCACCUCAGGGCUGAGGAUGCAGGCACUUAUACCGUGCGUGCGGUGAACCGUAUUGGCGAGGCCAUCAGCCAAUCAUCGAUUCGUGUUCACUCGCGUUCUCAGGUCACUGCUGACCUGGGUAUUCCCGAGCAGCAGCGGUAUAUCGAGAAGGUGGAGGAGCUGGAGGACUACCGUAAGUCCCAGCAGCGUCGUCAUGUCCAGGAGGCGCCCGAAGCUAUUGCUCCGCCUCAAUUUAAGACACCGAUCCAAAACCAAUUGGAUCUGCGCGAGCACGCGCAUGCGCACUUUGAGGCGCGUCUGGAACCCAUCAAUGAUUCCACCAUGCGUGUCGAGUGGCUGAAGGAUGGACAACCCCUGGAGGCCAGUUCCAGGAUCACCACGUACCACAACUUUGGAUAUGUGGCUCUGACCAUCAAGCAGCUGACCAUCUAUGAUGCCGGCACCUACACUUGCCGUGCCUACAAUGCAAUGGGACAGGACACUACCGUGGCCCAGCUGACGGUUAUCUCCAAGAACGAGAUUGUGUCCGAGUCGCAGCAUCCAGGUGGUCUGCAGAAGAUUCAACAUCUGGAAGACUCAUCCCGCUACGGUCGUCGCGAGGAGGAGGAGACCUAUGUCACCCAGGCUCCGCGCUUCCUGGGUCCCCUGAAGGGUACCACCAAGAUCCUCGAAGGACAGCGUGCCCAUUUCGAGGCCCGCGUGGAACCCCAGAGUGAUCUUGGUCUGCAGAUCGAGUGGUACCACAACGGUCGUUCCAUCACCGCAGCCAAUCGCAUCCAGACCUACUAUGACUUUGGCUACGUCGCCCUCGAUAUCUCGCAGGUGCGCGCCGAAGAUGCUGGCGUCUACCUUGUGGUGGCGAGGAACAAGCUAGGUGAAGCUCAGCAGCAAGCAACGAUGAUAGUGGAAACUCGUUCCAGUAUCGACACAUCUAGCAUGCACCGCGGUCUGUACGAGAAGACCCAGAAUCUGGAGAACAAGCAGUUCGUCGAGCCGCAAUAUGACAUUGAGGAGAUCUCCAAGUCCAAGCCGGUGUUCGUCCAACCUCUGACCGAUCCAAAGCCCAUCCAUGAUGGCAAGAAUAUCCAUCUGGAGUGCCGUCUGGAGCCAAUGGGUGAUCCCACCAUGCGCGUCGAGUGGUUCCACAACGGUCGCCCCGUAACUGUGGGUUCCCGCUUCCGCACCUACUAUGACUUUGGUUUUGUGGCUCUGGACAUCAUCAAGGCCACGGCCGCCGAUUCCGGAGAGUACACAGUGAGAGCCACCAACCACUUGGGUUCGGCCCACACUUCCGCCUGUGUGCGUGUGAUCGAUCACACGGAUGUGGUGACCGAGACCCAGAAUGAGCAAUCGCUGGAGCAGAUCCAGCUGCUGGAGGACUCGCGUCGUCGCCAUCACCAGGAGGAGGAUAUUACCGUCAUGCAGGCACCUCAGUUCGCCAGGGCCCUGCACAACAUUGAGACGGUUGAGGGUACCAAUGUGCACCUGGAGUGCCGUCUGCAGCCCGUGGGUGAUCCUAGCAUGCGCAUCGAGUGGUUCGUGAACGGUAAGCCAGUGAAGACAGGCCAUCGUUUCCGUCCCGCCUAUGAGUUCGAUUACGUGGCCCUGGAUCUGCUUGGUUGCUAUGCCAUCGAUUCGGGUGUCUACACCUGCCAGGCUAGGAAUCAGCUGGGAGAGGCUGUUACCUCUUGUUCCGUGCGCAUUAUCGCCAAAAACGAUCUUAUCUUGGAGACGCAGAACGAAUCUGGAUUGCAGAAGAUCCAGUAUCUGGAGGACUCGUCGCGUUAUCGUCGCAACGAGUUCGUCGACGAGGUGGUCAACAUUCGUCCGCGUUUCCUUACCCACCCGAAGAGCCUGACCAACACGCGUGAGGGUGGUCACGCCCACUUUGAGUGCAAAAUUGAGCCCGUGACGGAUCCCAAUCUGAAGGUAGAGUGGUUCAAGAACGGUCGCCCAAUCACUGUGGGCCAUCGUUUCCGUCCCAUCCAUGACUUUGGUUAUGUGGCCCUGGACAUUGUUCAGCUGAUUGCCGAGGAUUCUGGAGUUUACACUUGCCGGGCUGUUAACCUGAUCGGUUCGGAUGAAACUCAGGUGGAACUGCAGUGCCGCAGCGGUGAGCAGAUUGUCACUGUCACCCAGAACGAGGCUGGCUUGGAGCAGAUCCACUAUCUGGAGGAUCGAUCCCGCUACAGCCGCCGCGAGGAAAUCGACGAGAGCACCAAGCAGGCUCCAGUGUUCACCACUUCCCUGAAAAACAUUGAGAUCAAGGAGAACCAGAGGGCUCACUUUGAGUGCCGCCUGAUUCCCGUCUCCGAUCCAUCCAUGCGCGUGGAGUGGUACCACAAUAAUCUGCCACUGAAGUCUGGUUCCCGUUUCACCGAGACCAACAACUUUGGCUUUGUAGCCUUGGACAUCAUGUCCACAUUGCCCGAAGAUGCCGGCACCUACACCUGCCGUGCCUUCAAUGCCGUAGGUGAAGCCAUCACCUCUGCCGUGGCUGUUGUGCACACCAAGAAGUCCAUCUACCUGGAAUCGCAGCAUGAGACCGCUCUGCCACGCCUGCAGCACCUGGAGGAUGGCUCCAAGCGCCAGCGUAUCAGCGUCCAGGAUGAGUUUGUGUCCCAGGCUCCCGUCUUCACCAUGCCGGUGAGGGAUGUCCGUGUGGCCGAGAACCAGGCGGUGCACUUUGAGGCUCGCCUGAUCCCAGUGGGAGAUCCCAAUCUGAAGGUAGAGUGGCUGCGCAACGGUCAGCCCAUCGAGGCCUCUAACCGCACCACCACCAUGCAUGACUUCGGCUACGUGGCCCUCAACAUGAAGUAUGUGAACCCAGAGGACUCUGGCACCUACACCUGCCGGGCUGUCAACGAGCUGGGUCAGGCGGUCACCUCCGCUUCGCUAAUUGUGCAAUCGAAGACUGCUAUUCAGCUGGAGACCCAGCACGAGGCUGCCAUGCACAAGAUUCACCAGCUGGAGGAUCAUAGCAAGUACCAGCGCAGGGAGGAGGAGGAAUACACGGUUACCACCGCUCCCGUGUUUGUUACCAAGUUGAUUGGACCUAGCAACCUGGUUGAGGGCCAGAGCGCUCACUACGAGUGCCGUAUUGAACCCUAUCCAGAUCCUAACCUCAAGGUGGAAUGGUUCCACAACGGCAAGCCCCUGAGCACUGGUCAUCGUUUCCGUACGACCUAUGACUUUGGAUUCGCCGCCUUGGACAUCCUGACUGUUUAUGCAGAGGACAGCGGCGAGUACACUUGCCGCGUGACCAACAAUCUGGGUCAGGCCGUAAACUCGAUUGUCCUGAAUGUUACCUCCCGCUCGGGCAUUAUCCAUGAGACCCAGCACGAGGAGGCUCUGACCAAGAUCCAGCAUUUGGAAGAUGCGUCACGCUUCCAGAGGAAGACCGACGAGGAGCAGUUCCACGCAGAGCGCCCGCAGUUCGGACGCCCCCUGCGUAAUGCCAAGGUCAACGAGGGCACUCCCGUCCAUCUGGAAGCCACGUUGAUCCCAGUGAAUGAUCCCACCAUGAAGGUGGAGUGGUACUGCAACGGCACGCCCAUCCAAACGGGUCACCGCUUUAAGACCACCUACGACUUUGGCUUCGUGGCAUUGGAUAUUCUGUAUGCCCAUGCCGAGGAUACCGGCACCUACAUGUGCAAGGCCAAGAACGCCGUUGGAGAAGCUGUCACGACUUGUGCUGUAAACGUAACAGCAAACAAGACACUCGACCUGGACACCUUGGAUGCUCAGCGCUUGGAGAAGAUUCGCCAGUUGGAGAGUUAUGCGCCACCCACUAAGGCCGUGGUGGAGGAGAAGGGCCAGAAGCCCAUUUUCCUCACCCCGCUGAGCAACCUGGAGCACUUGAAGGAGGGCGAGCAUGCCCACUUGGAGUGCCGAGUGGAACCCAUUAACGACCCGAACCUGAAGAUCGAAUGGUUCUGCAACGGUAAGCAGCUGCCCACUGGUCAUCGGUUCCGCACCACCCACGACUUUGGCUACGUCGCCCUGGACAUCCUGUACGUCUAUGGCGAGGAUACCGGCACCUACAUCUGCAAGGCCACCAACCAGCUGGGCGAGGCUGUCAACACGUGCAAUGUGCGCGUGCUGAACCGCCGCAGCAUGAUUCUGGAUACCCAGCAUCCUGAUGCUCUUGAGAAGAUCCAGAAGCUGGAAUCCAAGGUGGUGAACGCUCGCACCGAGGUUGGAGAGCACCCGAUCAGUCCGCCUCACUUCACCGCUGAGCUGCGCGGCUCCACUGAGAUCUAUGAGGGCCAGACUGCUCACUUUGAGGCUCAGGUUGCUCCAGUUCACGAUCCUAACUUGCGCAUUGAAUUCUACCAUAAUGGCAAGCCCUUGCCCUCGGCUUCUCGCUUCCACAUCACCUUUGACUUUGGUUACGUGUCCUUGGACAUCACCCAUGCCGUGGCCGAGGAUGCCGGAGAGUAUUCCGUGCGUGCUGUGAACGCCUUGGGCCAGGCUGUGUCGUCCACCAACUUGAGGGUUAUUCCUCGUGGCACCAUCAUUUCGGACACCCAGCAUCCCGAGGGUCUGGAGAAGAUCCGCAAACUGGAGUCUACGGCGCCGCAUCAGCGCCAGGAGCCCGAAACCCCAGGCACUCGUCAGCGCCCGGUGUUUACUCAGCCUUUGCAGAACAUCGACAGGAUCAAUGAGCACCAGACGGCUCACUUCGAGGCCCGCCUAAUUCCCGUGGGAGAUCCCAACCUUAAGGUGGAAUGGUACCGCAAUGAGAAACUCAUCGAAGAUAGUUCUCGUAUCACCAAGCAGCACGACUUUGGCUACGUCUCGCUGGAUAUUUCGCACAUCCGCAAGGAGGAUGAGGGCGUGUACAUGUGCCGCGCUGUCAAUCCUCUGGGUGAGGCUGUGACCACCGCUUCCAUGCGUGUGGUGUCUGAGGCUAGCAUUCAAAUGGAUACCCAGCAUCCGGACAGCAUCAGUCGCAUUCAUCAGCUCGAGAAGCCAGUGGCUCCGCGUCCCAGCGAACCAGAGCGUCUGUUUGAAAAGCCCAUCUUCACUCAACUGCUUACUGGACCUUCGGAGCUUUGGGAGGGCGCUCAUGCCCACUUUGAGGCCCGUGUGGUGCCUGUGGGUGAUCCGACACUCAAGUUCGAAUGGUUCAUCAACGGCGUGGAGCUGCAGAUGGGCUCCCGUCUGCGCACCACCCAUGACUUUGGAUUCGUUACCUUGGACAUUGCUGCUGUGGUGCCAGAGGAUGCCGGCGUCUACAUGUGCCGUGCCUACAAUGCCGCCGGUGAGGCUGUAUCCUCCACUGCCAUGAAGGUGAAGACGAGGGCGAACAUCGAUGGCCAACCUUUGAUCCCAGAGUCCUGGGAGGCUAUUCGCCUGAAGGAGGCUGCCAUGAACCGUGUUCCCGAGAUGUUUGUGGACUCGACUCCACAACAGGCCCCGGUGUUCACCACCCACCUGCAGAGCUACGACAAGCUCCAUGAGGGUCAACAUGUGCUCUUGGAAGCUCAGGUGGAGCCGCGUGCGGAUCCUAACCUUCGCAUCGAAUGGUUCAAGAAUGGUAUUUCCCUGACCACUGGCUCCCGCAUCCGCAGCACCUUCGAUUUCGGUUUAGUUACGCUGUCUGUCAAUGGAUUGCGUGCGGAUGACUCUGCAAUUUACACUUGCAAGGCCACCAACCAGGUCGGCGAAGCUGUCUCGACCUCCUCGCUCAAGAUCGAGGAUCGUCAUUGGCUUCAGGCCGAGUCCCUGCAUCCGGAUUCGCUUCCUCGCAUCGGAGAACUGGAGGCGCCCAAGGAGGGACGUCCAGAGGCUCCUGAGCCGACUUAUGAGACACCCGUGUUCAUCACUCAUCUUAACAACAUUGAGUGUAAGGAGGGCGACAAUGUGCGCUUCGAAUGCAACGUGGAACCGGCUCGUGAUCCGACCAUGUCCAUCGAGUGGUUCUACAAUGGACAGCCUCUGCAAGCUGCCGCCAAAUUCAAGUCUAUCUACGAUUUCGGCUAUUGCGCUUUGGAUCUGACCAACUCAUAUGCUGAGAAUAGCGGUGUUUACACCUGCAAGGCCACUAACAGCAAGGGUUCGGCCACCACCUCGGGUACUCUUAAGUGCACUGGUGGCAAGACCAUGUUCCUGGAUACCCAGCACCCGCAGGGUGAGACUGGCCUGGAGGCCGUUCAAGAAACCGAAGAGGCUCUGGCCAACCGAUAUGCCAACAAGUCGGCCAAGCCGGAGACGCAGUACCCACCACCAGUAUGGACCAAGCCUCUGCAGGCUGAGUUCCAUCUGUCGGAGGCUCAACCGAUCCAUUUGGAGGCCAAUGUGGAGCCCAAGGAGGAUCCGAACUUGUUCAUCGAGUGGUACUUUAACGGCAAGAUGCUUCAGCAUGGUUCUCGUUUCAAGAUGACCAGCGAGUUUGGAUUUGUGACUAUGGAUAUGAUCGAAGUGUAUGCCCGCGACCAGGGUAUUUACACGUGCAAGGCUUACAAUAAGGCCGGUGAAGCCUUCACCUCCACCACCAUCUUCUGUUCGGACAAGUCAAAUAUCAUCGACUCCACACAGCACCCGAAGGGAGCUGAAGGCUUGGAGCAGAUCCAGGACCUGGAGGAUUCUCUGCGCAAGGACGGCUCUAAGCCGGAGCAACCAGAUCUGGGAAUUCCACCACGCUUCACCACCGAAUUCGUUAACAUCGCCGACAUUGGUGAGGGUGAACUGGCCCACUUUGAGGCCAAUCUCAUCCCAGUGGGUGAUCAGAGCAUGGUCAUCGAGUGGUUCUAUAACGGCAAGGUGCUGGAAGCCAGCCAUCGUGUUCGCACCAUCUACGCCUUUGGCACUGUGGCUCUCGAGGUCCUCGGAACGAAGAUUGAGGAUACCGGCACCUACACUUGCCGUGCCACCAACAAGCAUGGAACUGCCGAGAUCAGCUGCAACCUGGAGUGUGUGGACAAGCCAAGGGGCCAGAAGCCGCGCUUCACCUCCCACAUCCAGCCGCUGCAAGGCCUGAAGGAUGGUCAAUCCGCUCACUUUGAGUGCACUUUGAUCCCUGUCAACGAUCCCGAACUGAAGGUCGAAUGGUACCACAAUGGCAAGCUCAUGCGUCACUCCAACCGCAUUAAGACCGUGUCCGACUUUGGCUAUGUCGUGUUGGACAUUGCCUAUCUGCAGGAUCACGACAGCGGUGAGUACGUGUGCAGGGCGUGGAACAAGUACGGAGAGGACUUCACCCGCACCACCCUCAACUGCGGCGGUCGCGGUGGCGUUUUCUACGACAGCUUGCAGCCGGAUUCGCUGCAGAGGAUCAGGGAACUAGAGUGCCCACAAGGACAGCAGGCCGACACCUCGGCUCCUGUGGUUGCUGAACCACCCAAGUUCAUCACCCAGAUCAGCGAUGUCACCAAGCUGGUGGAAGGACAGUCUGCUCACUUUGAGGCUCGCUUGACGCCCAUCACCGAUCCAGACUUGGUUGUGGAAUGGUACUUUAAUGGCAAGAAACUGCCACAUGGUCACCGUUUCCGCACUUUCCACGACUUUGGCAUUGUUAUUCUGGAUAUUCUCUACUGUUAUGAGGAGAAUUCCGGAGUGUACGAGUGCAGGGCUUACAAUAAGUAUGGUGAGGAUGUGACCCGUGCUUCACUCAAGUGCGCCUCCAAGGCUAGCCUCAUUCUGGACUCCCAGCUGCCGCGAGGCAUGGAGGGUGGUCUGGAGAAGAUCGCUAAUCUAGAGUACAGCAUGGUGCGUACUCGCGACGAGACCACCGAGGAGACCAAGGGCAAGGCUCCCGUCUUCACUGUGCCGCUGGAGAACAUUGAGAAUCUGCGCGAGGGCGAGAAUGCCCACUUUGAGGCUAGAAUUACGCCAACUGAUGAUCCCAAACUGAAGGUCGAAUGGUACUGGAACGGACGCCCAUUGAAGGCCGGCUCUCGGUUCCGCACUUUCUGCGACUUUGGAUUCGUUAUUCUGGAAAUCUCUCCCGUGUAUCCCGAAGAUUCCGGCGAAUACUCUUGCCGUGCUAUUAACGAGUAUGGUGAGGCUGUGACUACUGCCACCAUGAAGAUUCAGGGCAAGCGCAGCAUCAUUAUGGAAUCGCAACUGCCAAAGGGCAUGGAAGGAACCAUCGACCGCAUUGCCGAACUGGAGGGAUUGGGCUCCCGCAGCACCGAAUUCGUCCCUGACGAUGAUACUGGCAAGCCGCCAGAGUUCAUCACCACACCCUUCGACAUGGUAAUCACUGAGAAUUCGUUGGCCCACUUUGAGUGCCGCCUGCAGCCAAUCAACGACCCAUCGAUGCGUGUGGAUUGGUUCCACAAUGGCAAGGCCUUGUGGGCUGGCUCCCGCAUUAAGACCAUCAAUGACUUCGGUUUCGUAAUCCUUGAGAUUGCCGGUUGCUAUCAGCGCGACACGGGACUGUACACUUGCAAGGCUACCAAUAAGCACGGCGAGGCUACAGUCUCCUGCAAGUUGCAGGUUAAGGGUCGCCAGGGCAUCGUUAUGGAGCCCCAGCUGCCUUCCAACUUCCGCACUGGCACUGAGAGCCUGCAGAAGCUGGAGGAGAGCAUGCACAAGCGCGAGGAGAUUGUGAUCGAUGAGGAGCAGCCCAACCCACCCAAAUUUACCGAGGAUAUCAAGGACAAUUUGGAUGUGCCCGAGGGAGGUCCAAUUCACUUUGAUUGCCGUGUCGAGCCUGUUGGCGAUCCGAGCAUGCGUAUUGAAUGGUUCUACAAUGGCCGCGUUAUGGCCACUGGUUCCAGGGUUCACCAGCUUAACGACUUUGGUUUUAUUGCCUUGGAUGUGGAUUACAUCUAUGCCAGGGAUUCGGGAGAAUAUACUUGUCGGGCGACUAACAAGUGGGGCACUGCCACCACAACCGCCAAGGUUACCUGCAAGGGCAAACACAAUAUUGUGUACGAAUCUCAACUGCCCGAGGGCAUGACCUCUGAAAAGUUGAAGGAACUGGAGCGUGGACGUAUCCCAGAGGCCCCGAAGGUGGUUGAACAGGAGUUCGGACCACCGAAAUUCACCACGCAAAUCACUUCCGUUACCGUGGAUGAAGCUGAGGCCGUUCGAUUUGAAUGCCAGGUGGAGCCGAAGACGGAUCCCAGCCUGCGUGUGGAAUGGUAUCGCAAUGGCAAGCCACUGCCCUCUGGACAUCGUUACAGAAACAUUUUCGACAUGGGCUUUGUGUCUCUGGAUAUUCUCUAUGUGUAUGGAGAGGACUCUGGUGAAUAUGUUUGCCGAGCUAUUAACAACCACGGCGAAGAUCGCACCAAGGCCACUGUCUCUUGCAAGAAACUUCCCACCAUCUUGCUGCAGAACCAAGUGCCUCGCGGCAUGAAGCGUUCGGAGACUCUGACCCAAAUGGAGGCCACCAUCAAGAAGUACACCUCCGAGGUCCAUUUAACCGAAGACGAUCUGUUCGAUCCCGAUCGCAAGCAGCCUCCUCGCUUUGUUACCCAGAUUAAGGAACAGCUCACUCUUACCGAGAUGGCCGUGACCAAGUUCGAGUGCCAGCUGGCCCCUGUGGGUGAUCCCAACAUGAAGGUUGAGUGGUUCUUCAACGGCAAGCCCCUGCUGUACAAGAACCGUUUCCAGCCUAUCUACGAUUUCGGUUAUGUGGCCAUGAACUUCGGUUGGGUUUAUCCCGAGGACAGCGGAGAGUAUGUUUGCCGUGCCACCAACUUGUAUGGCAUGGAUGAGACUCGUGCCAUUAUCAAGGUUUCUGGAAAGCCUGGUAUUGUCUACGAUUCACAGCUGCCCGCUCACAUGCAGAGCAUUGACCGCAUCCGCGAAAUGGAAGCCUCAUGGCAAGUGGUACCCGAGGAGGUUGAUCCCGAUGCCAAGCCCAGAACCAAGCCGGUCUUUGUGAGUAAACUGGAGCCCCAGGUUGUGGAGGAGGGCGAUCCAGCCCGCUUCUGUGUCCGUGUAACUGGACAUCCACGUCCCAGGGUGAUGUGGUUGAUCAAUGGUCACACUGUUGUGCAUGGCUCUCGCUACAAGCUGACAAAUGAUGGCAUGUUCCAUCUGGAUGUUCCAAAGACACGUCAGUAUGAUACCGGCAAGGUGGAAGUAAUUGCCCGCAAUUCUGUGGGUGAAUCUAUUGCCACCACCGAGCUGAAGGUGGUUGCCCGUUCCGACGAUUACCGUAAUGUUCUGAAGAACUCUCCACGCCCCUGGUACGACUACGAACUAGCCGCCUAUCAGAAGGAGCGUCAGGAAAACGAACUGGAGAAGGUAUUCGAUGAGCGUAAGCAGGUUCAGUCCGAGCAGGGCGCCCAUACCCUGAAGGGCGUCGAGCAUUUGAAGCCAAAGCAGUACAAGCCACCGACGCCAGACUGGCAGCAGAACGUUAAGGCCAAGAAGAGCGAGGAUUAUUACAACAAGCUGCAGGUCCUGGAGACCGAACAACUGCUGAAGGAGACUAACCUCCGUAAGGAUAAUCACCAGUACGCCAUUCCCGGCGAGAAGGUUGUGAGCAGCUCACAGUCCAAGGGCAUGGCCCAGUCCUACGAAGAGAAUCUUCAAGAGAAGACCAGCACCACUCAGGUGAAGCCUGCCCCACCAAAGGGUACCGCCGAACCCUCCGAGUCGUCCGUCCAUGGCCGUGAGGUGCACAUGAAUAAGCAACAACAGGUGCAGAAGGAGAUCCAGGGUGACCUUGAGAUCACACGAAAGAUCACCGCCACCGAGACCACCGAGGUGGAGCAUAAGGGCACUAUUCAGGAGCGCGUGGUUAAGGGACCCGUCAAGCCGGCCAAGGCUCCUGUCUUUACCAAGAAGAUCCAGCCUUGCCGCGUCUUUGAGAAUGAGCAGGCCAAGUUCGAGGUGGAAUUCGAUGGAGAGCCAAAUCCCACGGUUAAAUGGUACCGCGAGAGCUUCCCCAUUCAAAAUUCGCCGGAUCUGCAAAUCCACACCUUCAGUGGCAAGUCGAUUUUGAUCAUCCGCCAGGUGUUUGUCGAAGAUUCGGCAGUAUUCUCCUGCGUGGCCGAGAACCGAGGAGGCACCGCCAAGUGUAGUGCCAAUCUGGUGGUCGAGGAACGUCGUCGUGCCGGCAAGGGAGGCAUUCAGCCCCCUAGCUUCGUUAGCACCAUUCAGAGCACCACCGUGGCCACCGGACAGUUGGCCCGCUUCGAUGCCAAGGUCACUGGCACCCGGCCCUUCGACGUCUACUGGCUGAAGAACGGCAUGAAGAUCCAGCCGAGCAUCAAGUUCAAGAUGCUGGAGGAAGAUGGCGUGCACACGCUGCUCAUUAUCGAGCCCUUCGCUGAGGAUUCUGGUCGUUACGAGUGUGUGGCUGUCAAUGCCGCUGGCGAGGCUCGCUGCGAUGGCGAUUGUAUUGUUCAAUCACCCAGCAAGCCGGACAAGCCCACCACUCCGGGCAGUGAGAAGGCCCCCCAUAUUGUGGAGCAGCUAAAGAGCCAAUCGGUGGAGGAGGGUAGCAAGGUCAUCUUCCGUUGCCGCGUCGACGGCAAGCCCACUCCCACCGCCCGCUGGAUGCGCGGCGAGAACUUUGUGAAGCCUUCGCGCUACUUCCAGAUGAGUCGCCAAGGCGAGUACUAUCAGCUGAUCAUCUCAGAGGCUUUCCCCGAGGACGAGGGCACCUACAAGUGCGUUGCCGAGAACAAGCUGGGCAGCAUCCAGACCAGCGCCCAGCUGAAGGUCCGCCCUAUUGAGAACCUGGACGCCCCGCCUACCAUCACCGCCCUCAAGGAUGUCUCCGUCACCGAGGGCAUGCCCGCCCAGUUCAAGACGACGGUGACUGGCAAGGUGAAGGCCACCAGUGUGCAGUGGUUCCGCGAGGGUCAGCUGAUUCCCGAGACACCCGAUUUCCAGAUGAUCUUCGAUGGCAAUAGUGCUGUGCUUCUGAUUGGUACCACCUACGAGGAGGAUUCGGGCAUCUUUACUGUACGCGUGACGUCGUCCACCGGCCAGGUCGAGUCCUCAGCCAAACUGACUGUUAAAAAACGACGCAUCUCGGCCUUUCAAUUGAGAACGAUUGAUUCCGCCGAGGAUGAGUCCUCUUCAUCUGGCCGUGAAGACAGUGCCCCCGAGUCGCCCCAUGCUUUCCAACCUGGCCAGCAACCCGGCCAGCAGUUUGGUCAAUUCCUGGGCGUCAACGGGCAGGUUCAGCAUCAGGGUAGGUCACGCAAUAAGAAACCCAAAGUUCGCAGCAAGUCACUGCAGCCACCCACCAAUAUCAUACCAUGGCGCAAAUCAUCACGUCCCAAUCGUGGACGCUCUCUGGACAAGGGAGUGUUCCUGCCAGGCUUUAAGCCUGAGCCGGUCAAGUCUUGGACCGAGGAGACCAUCAGCUUAAAGGCUACACCCAUUGAGAAGAAGAAACCAACACCCAAGUUAGAGGCAGCUACGGUUGUCCUCAAGUCCAUUAAAACUGAACGGGAUCAGGGCAUUAUGAGCUUGGGCGCUACUCUAGAGCAGAUCAUUGCUGGCAAGACCGAGAAGGAGGCGGUUCCUUGGAUCACAAUGCGUGAAAAGCUAAAGGCAGUGGAGAGUGUGCAGCAACAAUUAAACAAAUUCGAUUUGGACGAGGUCUAUCUGCGUCCCCUCGAGGGUCAAAUUGAAACGGACGAGCAGUUGCCACAACAGGCCCAAGUGGAGCAGGUUCAGCGCACCAAGGAGAUCCAACGACUGAAGAGCAUGGAGAGUGUCGAGAUUAUGGAGAUGACCGACCAGAUCGAGAAGCUCAUUACACAGCAGCAAAACAAUAAGGAUCGUAUACCUUGGAAGGAGAUGCGUCAGCAGCUCAAGAGUGUGCAGAGGGUGACCAAGCAGAUUGACAAGUUCAAGAUCGAAGAAGUAGAGCUGCGCCAUUUGCAGGCUCAGCAGGCCAUCGCCGAAGAGUUCCAAAUGGGAACAGCCGAUGAGACCGUCAUAAUGACUAUUGAUGAGAGCUCAAAGGGUUCGAUCUCCAAGGUGAUGCGACGCGAUGAGCUGCAGCAGUACGAGGAUCAAUCCAAUCUCUACAAGCAGCAGUUCAUCACCACCGAGGAUGUGAAUAUAAUGCAUGUCUCGGAACGCGAGAAACUGGAGGCCCAGAGACUGCUACGUGAACAACAGGCGGUCAACUGGCGCCAACAGCAGCAGCGACCACAACUGCAGCCCCUAACCUCAGUUGAGGAUACCAUAGUCUCACAGACCACAGAAAGACAGAAAUUGAUCCAGCAGCAGAGCCUCAUCGAGGAAGCUCAGCGCCAGCAGUUUGUCCAAGUCGAAGACUCACAGAUGAUGAGUCUGGAGCAAUACGAGCACCAAAAGAUGAUCAAUCAGAGCACCCAGCACGAGGCCUUUAACUGGCGUCAGCCGAGAGAGCCUCAAAAGUUCGUUCAGGUUGAAGACUCUUCAUUGCUUCAUCUGCAGGAGCGCCAGGAUACGCAACAGCAGCAGCUGCUGCAGCAAGAAGGUGUCAUGUGGGAGCGCGGUAGGAAGAAGCCGGAGCAGCCUCAAACCUUCCAACCCCAACCGGCGCCUGCUCAGGAAGAAUAUGUGGAUAAGCCAAGGACAUAUGAGGAAAUGCACGACGAGCUGGUGGAGCCCGUGCCGGUUCAACAACCCCAACAGGUUCCCGUCAUGUGGGAGAGGGGAAAGAAGAAGCCACAGCCACAGCCUCAGCCGCAAACAUACGAAGAGGCACACGACGAGCUGGUUGAACCCACUCCUGUUCAACAACCCGAACAGGUGCCAGUCAUGUGGGAGCGCGGCAAGAAGAAGGUGGUUCAGGAGCAGUCCAUCACAUCACAGGAAGUGGUGCUAAGCUCCCAAAUCCUUGAACAACAAAUCGUUGAGGAGACCAAAAAGACAGCUGUUCGCCGGGUGAUUCCCCCAAGGGAGCCGGAACAGAAGGUGGAGCAAGUUUCUUUGAAGCCAACGCCGCGACAACGUCCCAAAGAAGUGCAAAAGGCUGAGGAAUUCCAACUGAAGCCACUGAAGACCACCAGAACCGUUCAGGAAGCCGUUGAACAGACGGCCUUGAAAACUUACGAAGAAGCCACCGAUGAACUGGCUGAAGAAACUGUACCGCAGGUGCAGGAACAACCACAACCUGUCCUGUGGGAACGUGGCAAGAAGAAGCCCCAACAGCCCGAGCAACAAGUUCCUGAGAUUCCCAAGACGCUCGAGGUUGCUGUUGAUACCUUAGAAGAGGAUGUACCUAAAGUAACUGAGCCACAACCGCAACCUGUUUUGUGGGAGCGUGGCAAGAAGAAGAAGCCAGAGCAGCAAGUUGUUGAGGAAGCGCCCAAAACUCUUGAGGUUGCUCAGGACACUCUGGAGGAGGAGGUAGCCAAGCCCGAGGAGCCUCAACCACAGCCUGUUAUGUGGGAGCGUGGUAAGAAGAAGCCGCAGCCACAACAGGUUGUUGAAGAGAAGAUCGAAGAGGCGCCCACAAAGACCUACGAAGAAGCGGUCGAUGUGCUGCCCGAAGACACAAAGGUGGAGGAGAAGCCAGAGCCUGUCUUAUGGCAACGUGGCAAGAAGAAGGCUCAAAAACCGGAACCCGUAGAAGAAGUGCACCCCGAUGAGGUCGAUGCGCAAAUCGAGAGAGUUGUGGAAGAAGAGCAGGUCAUUGUCGAAGAAAAGCGUAGAAUCAAGAAGACCAAGAAACCGAAGCCAACGAAAACUCCUUCCGAAGAGGUGGUUGAAGAUCAACCAGAAGAAGAGGAAGUGCCUCAGGAAGAAAUUGUUGAAGAACAGGUGGAAAUCGUUGAUGAAAAGCGUAAGGUUAAGAAAACAAAGAAGCCAAAACCAACUACGCAAGUAACCGAGGAGGAACAACCCGAAGAAGAGGUGAUUGAAGAGCAAGAAGAAAUAAUCGAAGAUCAGCAAGAAAUUGUUGAAGAAAAACGCAAGGUCAAAAAGGAAAAGCCAAAGGCCAUUGUCGAAAAGACUGAGAUGGAGGAAGAACAGCCAGAAGAGGAAAUUCCUGAAGAAGAGGUUAUUGAAGAGCUGGAAACAAUUGUGGAAGAAGAACAAGCCGUCGUUGAAGAGAAGAAAAAGGUCAAGAAGGUUAAGAAGCCCAAACCAACUGUUGAAAAGACUGAAGUCGAGGAACUUGAACAGCCUGAAGAGGAGGUGCCAGAAGAGCAAGUUGAAGUUAUUGAAGAACAAGAAGAAGUCGUUGAAGAAAAGCGCAAGGUGAAAAAGAUAAAGAAGCCCAAGAAGAUUGUGGAGGAAGACCAACCGGAAGAGGAGGUUCAGCAAGAAGAAGUCGUCGAAGAACAGGAAGAGGUUAUUGAGGAGAAGCGCAAGGUGAAGAAGGUAAAGAAGCCUAAGAAAAAGGUUGAAGAUGAGGCCGAAGAGCAACCCGAAGAAAUUGAAGAGCCGCAAAUCGAGGAGGUUGAAGAAAUUCAAGAAUCUGUUCCCGAAGAACAGAAGAAGCCUAAGCCUGCUCCACAAGCCCAGGAGGUUGAGCAAGUCGAAAAGGUUACGCUCAAGCCUGCUCCAAGGAAACAACGGCCUCUGCCCGAGAAGGAACAACUGGAAGAGGUCUCUUUGAAGCCAUUGAAGAAGACUGCCCUCGUCUCGGAAACAACUCAGCCCGAAACACCAGAGACUGAAUUUGAGGUUAAGGAGCAAGUCAUUACCACUGUUGACCAAAUAGUCGAUGUGACAAAGAAACGUGUUAAGAAGAAGAAGCCCAAGACUAAGACUGACACAGAAGAGGCAAUCGAAGAGCCAGUCGAAGAUGUCGAAGAAGAGGAAGAAAUACAGCCGGAAGAGGAGCAACCUGUCGAAGAACCUGUGGAAGAACAACCUGAAGAAGAAACGACACCAGAACAAAAAGUUCCUGCCAAGCCAAAGCCACAGAAACAGGAAAUUAUUGAAAAGGUUGAAGAGGUUGCCCUCAAACGGGUUACCAGGCCAAAGAAGCAGCUUCCCGAAGAGGCGACCAUCGAGGAAGUGCGCCUGAAGCCAACUCAACGUACCUCCAUCAAACCCGAGGAGGUAACGCUGGAGGCUGUCGACCUGCAGCACGUCGAGAAAACAGAGCAAGAAAUCGUGCAAGAGGAGAAGCGUAAGGUCAAGAAGGUCAAGAAGCCAAAACACGAGGAUUUGCCCGAAAUUCCGGAUGCUGAGCCCACCAAACUGGAAGAGGCAGAGCACAUCGACAUCGUUAAGGAGCCAAAGCCAGAGGAAGAGCAACCACAAUUUCCGUGGAAACGAGGAGAAAAGAAGAAGCCGGUUGAGGAUGUUUUAGAGGAAAAGCAAUGGCCGACAGGAAAACGUCGUCCAUUGGCCGCAGAACAGCCACAGGAAGUUCAGCUUAAGCCGAUUCCAUCAAAACCGCUAGAAGAACCGCAGAAGCCAGAAAAGGCUAUACCAGGUCCACAACUUGUGCCUGAAGAAAAGCCAGAAAGCGAAGAUGAGGAGCUUGAGCUUGAACCCCUUCAGCUGCCCGAGGACAAACAGCCUAAGGAACCUAAGGCGAAGAAGGAGAAGAAGAAGAAGCCCAAGCUGAAGAAGGCCACACCUUCCGUGGAUGAGGUGUCAGAAGAAGUGGCCGAGCCAUUUGAUGAGCCUAUCGCAGAGGAAGAUGAAGUGGAAGUGCUGCCCGUGGACGACGAUAAGGUGGUGGCAGUUUCAGAAAAUGUGCUGCCGGAAGAAGAAGUUGUGACCACCGAAGAGACGCCUGAGGCUAAACAGAAGGCACACAAAAAGCGCACAAAACGCCUUAAACAGGCCUCUGUCGAAGGACAGCCCCAACUGCUGGAAGCUGCAAUUGCUGAAAUCGAAAAGGUGGACGAAAUAUCCCAGGAGAUCUCACAAAAGACUAUUACCCUACUCAAGAAGACUGAAGACACAAGACCUCAAUUCAUCACGACUGAACAGCUCAUCGAGCUGGAUGUUGAGGACGUCCGACGUGAUCUCGAGAUGAAGGUCACCUCGAAUAUCAUCAAGAAGGAGAAGCGUCGCGUGGUGCUGGACGACAGCCAGCCGCUGCCUGAGCUGGAACUGAUUACGCAGAAGCGUAUCCAGGAGGGCAUCGAUAAGGUGGCCGAUGAGGAGCUCAUCGAGGACCAGCAGCUCAUACAAAACCAGCAGGAGACGACCACCUCCGAAGUGAUCGGUCAGGAACGCAAGUUGGUCAAGAAGAAGAAAAAGGAGAUCAAGCCACCGAGGAUUACCGAGAAGCUUCGUCCCCGUCAGUGUGUACCCGAGGAGCCUACGGUGCUCGAAUGCAAGGUGGAGGGUGUUCCUUUCCCCGAAAUCAACUGGUACUUCAAUGACAUCCUGCUGUUCGCAUCAGAGAAGUACGAGAUCACAGUCGUCGAGCAGGUGGCCAAGCUGAAGAUUGCCAAGGUCACACCCAGCGAUGUCGGCGUCUACACAUGUGAGGCCAAGAAUGAGGCUGGAGUGGCAACAAGUCGUACCAACAUAAUUUUAGAAAAAGAACAAGGAGUUGCCCCACAGUUUACCAAACCACUUAAGAUUGAGUUCACUGAGGAGAAGCAGCCCGAGCGGCUCAAGGUAACGGUAACCUGUCAAGUGACAGGCAAACCAAAUCCUCAGGUUAAAUGGUACAGAGGUAUAGAGGAAGUCAUCCCCAGCGAGACCGUGCAAAUGUUCUACGAUGAAAAGACCGGCGAUGUGGCUCUGGAGGUGAUUAAUCCCACUCCAAACGAGGCAGUUGUGUACUCCGUGCAGGCUCAGAAUCAAUUUGGUCGCGCUAUUGGCAACGCUAAUAUCAUGAGUCGCGUUGAUGAAGUGCCCAAGGAAAUACUAAAGGCACCCACUGUGACUCCACUGAACGCAGUAGUUGUACCCACUGGCGGUACAUUGUUAUUUGAGGCCAAGUACGAUGGCCUGCCCAGGCCAGAGAUCAAAUGGAUGCGCAAUGGACGUGAGGUUAUCGAGAAUGAGGAGAUCAUCAUAGAGACCACCGAGACGACAACCACAAUUAAGGUUAUUAACAUGACGCGCAAGCGCACUGGCAAAUAUGAGGUCUGGGCCAAGAACAAGGUGGGAGAAGCUAAGUCAUCUGGAUCCGUUGUGGUCUCAGAUCAGAAGCCCGAUGAGCAAAUUAAGCCGCCAAGAUUUAUUCAACCCCUGGAACCCAAGUACUUUGGCGAACACGAAGUGGCCAUUAUUGAGGCUGUUGUAGAAUCUGAGCCAUUAUCGUCCUUCCAGUGGUUUGUGCACAAUGAGCCCAUCAAGAGCUCCAACGAAGUGCGCAUUGUGAGCCAGGCCAACAAGUCAACGUUGCUGAUUGAGGACUUCCAAAAGAAAUUCACCGGGCCCUUCACUUGCCGGGCCGAGAACGUUGGUGGUUCGGUUACUUCAACAGCCACCGUCAACCUAAUUGAAUCCCUGCCACAGGAGGAGGCAGUAGAGUUUGAAUCGCCGCGAUUCAUCGAAGAACUUAUAAAGCCCGUCGAGGUAAUGGAUGGCGAAGCAUUGCUGCUGACCUGCCAAGUUACUGGCAAGCCCACACCCAAAGUGGAGUGGUAUCAUAAUGAGGAGAAGAUCGUCGAGAACAAGGAAACUACGAUAUCGCAAGACUUGCAAGGCAAUUGCCAGCUGCAGAUUACGGAAGUGUUCCCCGAAAACGAGGGCCAAUACGAGUGCGUGGCCACGAACAAGAUUGGCAAGAGUGUGACCAAGACAAACGUUAAAAUUCAAGCAUUUGAAUAUAUCCCCGAUUCUGAAAUCACUGGACUCACAGGAUCUGAGGAGGAUCUACUUGAUAGAACCCUCUCAAUCGACGAACAAGCACCGAAAAUUAUUAAAAAGCUACCAGAGAAAAUCGAGCCCAAAGAGGGUGAGCAAGCGAAGCUGGAGGUUAAGGUCAUUGGAAAACCAAAACCGAAGGUCAAAUGGCUGCGCGACGACGAGCAGAUAUUCGCUUCCGAGGAAUAUCAAAUCGAAAAUUUCGACGACGGCACCUCAGUGUUGGUCAUUAAUCACGUCUAUCCCGAUGAUUUGGGUACAAUUAGUUUUGAGGCGUACAAUCCACUGGGUGUGGCAGUAACAACGGCACUCUUUGCGGUCGAAGGCAUCGUUGGAUCGAAGGAUUACCGCAAGCCGGAAUGGGUGACUCACAUGGAGGAAAUGCAAGUGGCGCUCAAAGAUACAGAACAAACCACAGACACAACACACACAAAACAAAAGACACCAACACAAAAACAAGAAACUCGUGAAACCGAAAUCACAGAAGUCCCAGAAAGCGUUCGUGUCGUCGAGACCAUUUCCGAAGAUGGCAAACCUAAGAAGAAAAAGAUCCGCACUCGCGUUAUUAAGAAGGUAAAGGGAGACAAGCAAGAGGUCACCAAGAUCGAAACCGUCGAGGAAGAUGACAAGCAGCCCGAAACAUCAGUCACUGUCGAAGAAAUGCCUGUGGAGGAUGAACAGCCCGAGGAAAUCAAGGAACUUCCAGAAGAGGUUCGUGUCUUCGAGACCAUUUCCGAAGAUGGCAAACCUAAGAAGAAGAAGAUCCGCACUCGCGUUAUUAAGAAGGUCAAGGGAGACAAGCAAGAGGUUACCAAGAUCGAAAUAGUCCAAGAAGAUGACAAGCAGCCCGAAACAACAGUCACUGUCGAAGAAAUGCCUGUGGAGGAAGAACAACCAGAGGAAAUUAAGGAACUUCCAGAGGAGGUUCGUGUCGUCGAGACCAUUUCCGAAGAUGGCAAGCCCAAGAAGAAAAAGAUCCGCACACGCGUUAUUAAGAAGGUCAAGGGAGACAAGCAAGAGGUCACCAAGAUCGAAACCGUCCAAGAAGAUGACAGGCAGCCCGAAACAACAGUCACUGUCGAAGAAAUGCCUGUGGAGGAAGAACAGCCAGAGGAAAUUAAGGAACUUCCAGAGGAGGUUCGUGUCGUCGAGACCAUUUCCGAAGAUGGCAAGCCCAAGAAGAAAAAGAUCCGCACACGCGUUAUUAAGAAGGUCAAGGGAGACAAGCAAGAGGUCACCAAAAUCGAAAUAGUCCAAGAAGAUGACAAGCAGCCCGAAACAACAGUCACUGUCGAAGAAAUGCCUGUGGAGGAAGAACAGCCAGAGGAAAUUAAGGAACUUCCAGAGGAGGUUCGUGUCGUCGAGACCAUUUCCGAAGAUGGCAAGCCUAAGAAGAAAAAGAUCCGCACUCGCGUUAUUAAGAAGGUCAAGGGAGACAAGCAAGAGGUCACCAAGAUUGAAACCGUCGAGGAAGAUGACAGGCAGCCCGAAACAACAGUCACUGUCGAAGAAAUGCCUGUGGAGGAAGAACAGCCAGAGGAAAUCCAGGAACUUCCAGAGGAGGUUCGUGUCGUCGAGACCAUUUCCGAAGAUGGCAAGCCCAAGAAGAAAAAGAUCCGCACACGCGUUAUUAAGAAGGUCAAGGGAGACAAGCAAGAGGUCACCAAGAUCGAAAUAGUCCAAGAAGAUGACAAGCUGCCCGAAACAACAGUCACUGUCGAAGAAAUGCCUGUGGAGGAAGAACAACCAGAGGAAAUUAAGGAACUUCCAGAGGAGGUUCGUGUCGUCGAGACCAUUUCCGAAGAUGGCAAGCCUAAGAAGAAAAAGAUCCGCACUCGCGUUAUUAAGAAGGUCAAGGGAGACAAGCAAGAGGUCACCAAGAUUGAAACCGUCGAGGAAGAUGACAGGCAGCCCGAAACAACAGUCACUGUCGAAGAAAUGCCUGUGGAGGAAGAACAGCCAGAGGAAAUCCAGGAACUUCCAGAGGAGGUUCGUGUCGUCGAGACCAUUUCCGAAGAUGGCAAGCCCAAGAAGAAAAAGAUCCGCACACGCGUUAUUAAGAAGGUCAAGGGAGACAAGCAAGAGGUCACCAAGAUCGAAAUAGUCCAAGAAGAUGACAAGCUGCCCGAAACAACAGUCACUGUCGAAGAAAUGCCUGUGGAGGAAGAACAACCAGAGGAAAUUAAGGAACUUCCAGAGGAGGUUCGUGUCGUCGAGACCAUUUCCGAAGAUGGCAAGCCUAAGAAGAAAAAGAUCCGCACUCGCGUUAUUAAGAAGGUCAAGGGAGACAAGCAAGAGGUCACCAAGAUCGAAACCGUCGAGGAAGAUGACAAGCAGCCCGAAACAACAGUCACUGUCGAAGAAAUUCCUGUAGAAGAACAGCCUGAAGAAAUCCAGGAACUUCCAGAGGAGGUUCGUGUCGUCGAGACCAUUUCCGAAGAUGGCAAGCCUAAAAAGAAAAAGAUCCGCACUCGCGUCAUUAAGAAGGUCAAGGGAGACAAGCAAGAAGUCACCAAGAUCGAAACUGUCGAGGAAGAUGACAAGCAGCCCAAAACAACAGUCACUGUCGAAGAAAUUCCUGUAGAAGAACAGCCUGAAGAAAUCCAGGAACUUCCAGAGGAGGUUCGUGUCAUCGAGACCAUUUCCGAAGAUGGCAAGCCUAAGAAGAAAAAGAUCCGCACUCGCGUUAUUAAGAAGGUCAAGGGAGACAAGCAAGAGGUCACCAAGAUCGAAACCGUCGAGGAAGAUGACAAGCAGCCCGAAACAACAGUCACUGUCGAAGAAAUUCCUGUAGAAGAACAGCCUGAAGAAAUCCAGGAACUUCCAGAGGAGGUUCGUGUCGUCGAGACCAUUUCCGAAGAUGGCAAGCCUAAAAAGAAAAAGAUCCGCACUCGCGUCAUUAAGAAGGUCAAGGGAGACAAGCAAGAAGUCACCAAGAUCGAAACUGUCGAGGAAGAUGACAAGCAGCCCAAAACAACAGUCACUGUCGAAGAAAUUCCUGUAGAAGAACAGCCUGAAGAAAUCCAGGAACUUCCAGAGGAGGUUCGUGUCGUCGAGACCAUUUCCGAAGAUGGCAAGCCUAAAAAGAAAAAGAUCCGCACUCGCGUCAUUAAGAAGGUCAAGGGAGACAAGCAAGAAGUCACCAAGAUCGAAACUGUCGAGGAAGAUGACAAGCAGCCCAAAACAACAGUCACUGUCGAAGAAAUUCCUGUAGAAGAACAGCCUGAAGAAAUCCAGGAACUUCCAGAGGAGGUUCGUGUCGUCGAGACCAUUUCCGAAGAUGGCAAGCCUAAAAAGAAAAAGAUCCGCACUCGCGUCAUUAAGAAGGUCAAGGGAGACAAGCAAGAAGUCACCAAGAUCGAAACUGUCGAGGAAGAUGACAAGCAGCCCGAAACAACAGUCACUGUCGAAGAAAUUCCUGUAGAAGAACAGCCUGAAGAAAUCCAGGAACUUCCAGAGGAGGUUCGUGUCGUCGAGACCAUUUCCGAAGAUGGCAAGCCUAAGAAGAAAAAGAUCCGCACUCGCGUCAUUAAGAAGGUCAAGGGAGACAAGCAAGAAGUCACCAAGAUCGAAACUGUCGAGGAAGAUGACAAGCAGCCCGAAACAACAGUCACUGUCGAAGAAGUACCUCUAGUAGAACAGCCUGAAGAAAUCCAGGAACUUCCAGAGGAGGUUCGUGUCGUCGAGACCAUUUCUGAAGAUGGCAAGCCUAAGAAGAAAAAGAUCCGCACUCGCGUUAUUAAGAAGAUCAAGGGAGACAAGCAAGAGGUCACCAAGAUCGAAACCGUCGAGGAAGAUGACAGGCAGCCCGAAACAACAGUCACUGUCGAAGAAAUGCCUGUGGAGGAAGAACAGCACGAGGAAAUCAAGGAACUUCCAGAAGAGGUUCGUGUCGUCGAGACCAUUUCCGAAGAUGGCAAGCCUAAGAAGAAAAAGAUCCGCACUCGCGUCAUUAAGAAGGUCAAGGGAGACAAGCAAGAAGUCACCAAGAUCGAAACUGUCGAGGAAGAUGACAAGCAACCCGAAACAACAGUCACUGUCGAAGAAAUGCCUGUUGAGAAAGAACAGCCUGAAGAAAUCCAGGAACUUCCAGAGGAGGUGCGUGUCGUCGAGACCAUUUCUGAAGAUGGCAAGCCUAAGAAGAAGAAGAUCCGCACUCGCGUCAUUAAGAAGGUCAAGGGAGACAAGCAAGAAGUCACCAAGAUCGAAACUGUCGAGGAAGAUGACAAGCAACCCGAAACAACAGUCACUGUCGAAGAAGUACCUCUAGAAGAACAGCCUGAAGAAAUCCAGGAACUUCCAGAGGAGGUUCGUGUCGUCGAGACCAUUUCCGAAAAUGGCAAGCCUAAGAAGAAAAAGAUCCGCACUCGCGUCAUUAAGAAGGUCAAGGGAGACAAGCAAGAAGUCACCAAGAUCGAAACUGUCGAGGAAGAUGACAAGCAGCCCGAAACAACAGUCACUGUCGAAGAAGUACCUCUAGUAGAACAGCCUGAAGAAAUCCAGGAACUUCCAGAGGAGGUUCGUGUCGUCGAGACCAUUUCUGAAGAUGGCAAGCCUAAGAAGAAAAAGAUCCGCACUCGCGUUAUUAAGAAGAUCAAGGGAGACAAGCAAGAGGUCACCAAGAUCGAAACCGUCGAGGAAGAUGACAGGCAGCCCGAAACAACAGUCACUGUCGAAGAAAUGCCUGUGGAGGAAGAACAGCACGAGGAAAUCAAGGAACUUCCAGAAGAGGUUCGUGUCGUCGAGACCAUUUCCGAAGAUGGCAAGCCUAAGAAGAAAAAGAUCCGCACUCGCGUCAUUAAGAAGGUCAAGGGAGACAAGCAAGAAGUCACCAAGAUCGAAACUGUCGAGGAAGAUGACAAGCAACCCGAAACAACAGUCACUGUCGAAGAAAUGCCUGUGGAGAAAGAACAGCCUGAAGAAAUCCAGGAACUUCCAGAGGAGGUGCGUGUCGUCGAGACCAUUUCUGAAGAUGGCAAGCCUAAGAAGAAGAAGAUCCGCACUCGCGUCAUUAAGAAGGUCAAGGGAGACAAGCAAGAAGUCACCAAGAUCGAAACUGUCGAGGAAGAUGACAAGCAACCCGAAACAACAGUCACUGUCGAAGAAGUACCUCUAGAAGAACAGCCUGAAGAAAUCCAGGAACUUCCAGAGGAGGUUCGUGUCGUCGAGACCAUUUCCGAAGAUGGCAAGCCUAAGAAGAAGAAGAUCCGCACUCGCGUCAUUAAGAAGGUCAAGGGAGACAAGCAAGAAGUCACCAAGAUCGAAACUGUCGAGGAAGAUGACAAGCAACCCGAAACAACAGUCACUGUCGAAGAACUACCUCUAGAAGAACAGCCUGAAGAAAUCCAGGAACUUCCAGAGUUGGUUCGUGUCGUCGAGACCAUUUCCGAAGAUGGCAAGCCUAAAAAGAAGAAGAUCCGCACUCGCGUUAUUAAGAAGGUCAAGGGAGACAAGCAAGAGGUCACCAAGAUCGAAACCGUCGAGGAAGAUGACAAGCAACCCGAAACAACAGUCACUGUCGAAGAAGUGCCUCUAGAAGAACAGCCUGAAGAAAUCCAGGAACUUCCAGAGGAGGUUUGUGUCGUCGAGACCAUUUCCGAAGAUGGCAAGCCUAAGAAGAAAAAGAUCCGCACUCGCGUUAUUAAGAAGGUCAAGGGAGACAAGCAAGAGGUCACCAAGAUCGAAACCGUCGAGGAAGAUGACAAGCAGCCCGAAACAACAGUCACUGUCGAAGAAACACCUCUAGAAAAACAGCCUGAAGAAAUCCAGGAACUUCCAGAGGAGGUUCGUGUCAUCGAGACCAUUUCCGAAGAUGGCAAGCCUAAGAAGAAAAAGAUCCGCACUCGCGUUAUUAAGAAGGUCAAGGGAGACAAGCAAGAGGUCACCAAGAUUGAAACCGUCGAGGAAGAUGACAAGCAGCCCGAAACAACAGUCACUGUCGAAGAAAUUCCUGUAGAAGAACAGCCUGAAGAAAUCCAGGAACUUCCAGAGGAGGUUCGUGUCGUCGAGACCAUUUCCGAAGAUGGCAAGCCUAAGAAGAAAAAGAUCCGCACUCGCGUUAUUAAGAAGGUCAAGGGAGACAAGCAAGAGGUCACCAAGAUCGAAACUGUCGAGGAAGAUGACAAGCAACCCGAAACAACAGUCACUGUCGAAGAAGUACCUCUAGAAGAACAGCCUGAAGAAAUCCAGGAACUUCCAGAAGAGGUUCGUGUCGUCGAGACCAUUUCCGAAGAUGGCAAGCCUAAGAAGAAGAAGAUCCGCACUCGCGUUAUUAAGAAGGUCAAGGGAGACAAGCAAGAGGUCACCAAGAUCGAAACCGUCGAGGAAGAUGACAAGCAGCCCGAAACAACAGUUACUGUCGAAGAAAUCCCUGUGGAGGAAGAACAGCCCGAGGAAAUCAAGGAACUUCCAGAAGAGGUUCGUGUCGUGGAGACCAUUUCCGAAGAUGGCAAGCCUAAGAAGAAGAAGAUUCGCACUCGCGUUAUUAAGAAGGUCAAGGGAGACAAGCAAGAGGUCACCAAGAUCGAAACCGUCGAGGAAGAUGACAAGCAGCCCGAAACAACAGUCACUGUCGAAGAAGUACCUCUAGAAGAACAGCCUGAAGAAAUCCAGGAACUUCCAGAAGAGGUUCGUGUCGUCGAGACCAUUUCCGAAGAUGGCAAGCCUAAGAAGAAGAAGAUCCGCACUCGCGUUAUUAAGAAGGUCAAGGGAGACAAGCAAGAGGUCACCAAGAUCGAAACCGUCGAGGAAGAUGACAAGCUACCCGAAACAACAAAACCAGAAACAAUUGUUACGGUUGAAGAAACCGAUAAUAGAUCUCCAAGUGUUGGAAAAACUAAGUUGAAGAAAAGAGUUAUUGUCCAAAAACCGGAGGAUGAAGUGACUGUUUUUGAAUUGCCUGAGCGGAAAUCAGUUAUACUUUCAGAAAAAGAAGAUGGUACUCCAACUAAAACAGUUAUUAAAACUAAAAUCAUUAAAAAGAUUCAGGGUCCGCAUAUGGAAGUUACUAAAGUCCAAACCGUUGAGGAAUAUGAAAAAACACCUCAGACGAAAGUUACGGUUGAAAAGUUUGAAUUACCCUUCCCAGAACUGCCAGAAGAAAAAAUUUCUGAAGUUAUUGUUUUGCCAGAUGAGGUUUCUGAAUUUGAAACAAUUGAUGAAGAAGGACAUCCAAAGAUUGUUAAGACCAAGAAACGUGUUAUUAAAAAACCAGCAUUUGGCAAUAACGAAGAGGUAACUGAAAUCGGAAUUAUUGAACAAGAUAAUACUGAACCUUUAUAUUCAGUAACAAUUAAAGAGCAACCCAUAACCUAUUCCCAACCGGAUGACAGUAAAUUAGUUGAGCUACCCGAACAAGUGACAGAGAUGGAGAUUACUUCACCUGAUGGAACAAAAAAGAAAAAGACCGUUAAAUCUAGAGCUUUCAAGAAGAGCAUCGACGACAAACGUGAUGAAGUUACAACUGUUAAUAUAAUAGAAGAGGAAGAUAAGGAGCCACUGACUACAGUGCAAAUAGAAGUUGUGCCAUCUGAUGAGGUAUCCAUUACACCCAUACCGAUUGAGGAACUUCCUGAGGAAACUGUUUUCACCGAAGAACUAGACGACAAUAAGAAGCCAAGAAAGAAGACUACAAAAACUAGAACAUUUAAAAAGCAAGGACCUGCGGACGAGGAAUAUUUCCAAAUUCAAACUAUUGAAGAAGAAGGCAAGGAACCGUACGCUCUAAUUCGAGUUGUCAGCGAUGAAAACAUUGCUGAUAUUAUAGAUAUUAGUAAACUCGACGAUGAAAAGGUUUCCAAACACAAACAAAAACCACACAAGCAUAAGGUGGAGAAACCAAAGAUCGAUAACACAGAAACGGAACACCCAGUUUACAUAACAACAUUUAAAUCUGUACAAAAUGAUGACGGAGAAACAACAAUACAAAGUGAAAACAAACGAGUAUCUCAGGAGGAAGGCAUCCUUGUUGAGGAAGUCCUUAGUGAUACAGAACCCAUUCCAGAAGACACUACACAAUCACACCUUGAAAUUAUUGAAGUCAACGAGCCAUCAGACCAAUACAACAAAGAGUACACUAUCACUGAACCUGAAGAGGCAAGUGCAGACGUGAAACAAACACCGGUUAAAGACAAACCCAAACAGAAAAAGACACUAGAAACACCAAUUGAGGAAGUUGACGAGACUGUUAUUGAAGAACAAAGUACAGAGGAACCGACUGACAAGACAAUUAAGAAGCGAAAGUCUAAGAAAUUAGUAGGUAAGGUUGAGGAGACUUCUGCUGAUGAAAAGCCAGUUGAAGAGAAGGGAAAGCCGAGGAAAAAGAAGGUGGUUAAGUCGAAACGAGAUGAGUUGGAUGAAUACAUUCAAUUCCUCAUACACCAGGAAAUUCCAAAGACUGUUCUUCAAGAAUACAAACGUACAGAUAUGGAACAUCCUCAAAGGGCACGUCGUGAUUCUUCCUUUAAACAGCCAGUUAAGCUUACUCCAAUGAAAAUCGAAAGAGUCGAGUUUAGAAAACCUGAAAAGGUUGAAAUAAGUUCUGUGGAAGAAUUUCCUCAAAUGCUUAAGUUAAAGGCACCUAAACAACGACCCCAAGAAGAGAAAAAGAAGAAAAAUGAAGCAUCUUAAAACAAGAAAUUAAAAAGCUGGAUAAGAUUUAUUCCAUACGCACCAUAUUGUUUCCCAUACGUGGUUACCGAAUUGGAAAAUACCUGCGAUCAUGGGGAACUUUCCCGUAAUGUUAAAGAAGCUGAGGAGGUUUUGAAGUUCCGACCGAAAAAAUUCAAGCACACGAAACCUGAAAAGGCAGAACUGGAGCAAUCAGAUCUGCCAACAUUAGACUCUGAAAAGGCAGAACCGUCAGAUAAGGAGCAACCAAAGCCAAAGUAUCAGCGUGGCAAAAAGACUGAGAAGGAAACAACUGAGGAAAGUCGAAAAAUUAAGCUUGGUAAGGGCAAGCUUCCCGAAAAUGUUGAAUCAGUUGAGGAAGUUAAUUUGAAACCGGUCAAAAAAGAUAUCAAGGAAGACGAUGUCAGUGAAGAGCCAGUUAAGGUUGCAGAAGAAGAGGUAGUCAAGAAAAAGAAAACCAAAAAACCCGAUAAGUCUGGCGAAGGUCUUCAAUUCCAGCCUACCGAGUUCAAGGAUAUUGAAAGUACUUUUGAAUUCCCAGAAGAGUCGGACGAAUCGCUAGGCGAAGAGAUGCACACCGACGACAAACCAAAGUAUAAGAGGAAGAAGAAACCGAUACCAACUCCAGAGCAAGACAAGUACGAAAUAUCUCCUGGGAAACCGAGAGAACUUGAAGAAGUCCCGGAAGAAGGCCUUAAACUGCGCAAAAAACAAGGUCAAAAGCCGGUUGACGAGAAGGAAGGACUUAAACUUAAACCAUUUUAUAAGCUUGAAGUGAUUGAAUUGGAACCAGAAAAUGCCACAGAUGAAGAACUGCCAAUAACUGGUAAACUAACAAAAGAACCAAAAAAGAAACGUAAGCUCAGGCUUAAGACUGAACAAGAAGACAAUACAAUUGAUAUAGUUGAAGUAUCCCCGAGCACAGAUGACAAAAUUUACGAAGUUACCAUCACAAGUUCAGAAAUAGUUCAAGACGACAAAAAAGAAAGCAAUGUCCGAAAGAAGAAGGUCAAGCGGAUGAACAAAACCGAAUUGGACGAUUUUGUCUCAGAGUUACAAGAAGAGCCUGACCAGAAGUUCUAUGAAACAACAACACAUGAUUUCUAUGAAGUUAAAUUGACCGAGCUGGAGCCAGAAAACGAUUCUGGUGUAGAUGAUCAACAGGAAAUAGAAAAACCCAAGAAGCGCAGGAUUCGACAUGAAAAGGGAGACGAAGUGGAAAUUUUGGAAAUUGUCGAAACUGUGGCCGCUCCUGGCGAAGAGCCACUCUAUGAAAUUACAAUUACUUCGAGUGAUAGUAAGACAGAAGAGUUCGGUACACAGCCGGUUGAAAAGCCAAAAAAGAGAACAAAGAAAAUGAAAAAGGAUGAACUUGAUGCAUAUAUUCAGCAACUAAUUAAUGCUGAAAUUCCUAUAACAGAAUUGGAAAAAUAUGAGAAAAUCGAUGUGGAUGGCAAGCCGAAGAAACCCAAGAAGCAGAAGGUCAAACAUGAGAAGUCAAUCAUUGAUGAAGGCGAGACCCUUCAGGUCGGUGUCACCGAGCACGAGCCAGUUGAGAAACCAAAGCCCAAGAAACAAAAACCAAAGAAAGUCACGAAAGUGGAAGAAACCGUUGAGUCGGAGGAAGUUCCAGUAUACGAUGAGUACCUUAUUAAAAAGAUUGACGCAGAGCGAUCUCCAGAGCAAGAUAUUGAAAAACCAGAGGAAGAAAUCCUAACAGCUUUGGAUGAAAUAAUAACAGAGUUGACUGAAACUAUGCCUAUAAUCGUAGUGGAGGAAGACUUUGUGUCAGUUUCAUUGCCUUCCGAAGUUGUUCAUGAUACGGAUCAGAAGAUAAUUAAAAAGCGCAAAGUAAAAACUAGAAAGGGCUCGAAACACUACGAAAUCGAAAUAAUUGAAACUGAAGCAUCAAAUGACAAGCCUGAGGAAGCAGAGGUUAUAGUAAUAACAACUGAGAUUUCCGAAGAUACCACAGAUGGGCCUGCUAUGGUUAAACCAGAAGCACCCAAAAAAUUAGUUAAAAAGGUGAAAAAGGAGAAACUUAAGGAGUUCAUUGUAAAUGUUGUUGAGGAAGCUCCUUUGGAACACUUAGUUGAAAUAUCUGAGGAUUUGACAAUUACUCCUGAAAAAGAAGAUUCAGUGGAACAAGAUAUCAUAGCUUUUACCACCACAGUAGUUGACGAGGAGACAGUUCCAGAUGUUAUACCGGAUCAUAGUAAACCUGAAGAAGCUGUGAGCUUGCCGAAGGAUAAGAAAAAGAAAACUGAUAAACAGAAAAAGGUUAAAGUAUCCGAAACAGAACCUGUGUCUACUACAGAUGACUCGAAGAUUGCAGAACAUACUGCUGUAAUUUCCCAAUCCCAUGAUUCUCCUCAAGCUGAUGAAUAUUUGGUUGAUGUGAAAGAUACUUUACCUAAGGGCAAAAAGAAAUCCGUGAAGAAACCUAAAGAGAAGUCCUUCGACGAGCCCAUCUCCGAAUAUACGAUUCGUAUUGAAGAGCUGGCACCAGAAACCGUUGUAGAAAAAGUCAAUGAAGAGGGAGCGGAAGUGGAACGUGUCAUUACCAAGCGUAAACUCAAAAAGAAGGAUGGACCGAAAGAAUAUCUUAUUGAAGUGGUUGAAACAUAUGAAGAAAACAAACCCGAAUCGGAUAUUGUUAUCCAGACCAUUGACAUAACUCCUGAAACCGACACCAAACCUCAGGAAGAGCAUAAGAUAAAGAUUGUGAAGAAGAGGAAGCCUAAGACCGAAAGCUUAGAUGACUUUAUUCACGAGCUCAUUGAACAGGAUAUUCCAAAAACAGAUCUUGAAGAGUACGAAGCACCAGUAACCGAGACUUCUCCGGAGGCAAAGAAGCCUACAAAAAUUAAGAAACACCACAAAAAAACUACCGAGAUCAUCGAUGGCGUUCCAAUUACAGUCUACGAGAUAAGCGUACAAGAGUUUGAAUCUGAACAAGAUGAUGUUAAGCCAGACGAAGUCGCUUUAGUAGAAACUGAAAGUGGGGAUACAGCAGAACCUUAUGAAGAUUUGGAAGUUAAGGUUCUAGAAAGCAAGCCCAAGUCAAAAUCAAAGAAAUCGUUUAAGACGAAGGUCGUUGAGGAUGUGCAGCCCCAACCAAUUCUAGAGGAUAUUGAAGAGUCUGUGGAAAUCGUACAAGUUACUGAAGAAGAUGGAGUACCAAAGCAGGUUGAAGUUAAGAAAAAGAAGGUUUUGCGAAAACAGGGCCCAAAAGAACAAAUCUUCGAAGUCACGGAAACUAAAACUAGUGAUGAGCCUCUGGCUGAGGUUACUAUUGUUGAGUUAACUGAAAAACAACAGCCUAAGGAAGACGUUGUUCAACCCAAAGAAAAGAAACCAAUUAAGAAACCGAAAAAGCUGAAGCCUGAAGAUGUCAAAAACUAUGUGGUUAAUGUUCUUGAUGAGUUGAUCGAGCCUUAUAAAUUUGAAGAUACCGAGCAACCAGUCAUUACUGAAAUUGCAGAGUCCGUGGAAGUAGUACAAGUUACUGAAGAGGAUGGAGUACCAAAGCAGGUUGAAGUAAAGAAAAAGAAGGUUUCACGAAAACAAGGACCAAUUGAACAAAUCUUUGAAAUCACGGAAACUAAAACUAGUGAUGAACCUUUGGCUGAGGUAACUAUUGUUGAAGUAACAGAAGAUCAGCCUAAGGAAGACGUUGUUCAACCCAAAGAAAAGAAACCAAUUAAAAAACCGAAAAAACUGAAGCCCGAAGAUGUCCAGGACUAUGUCGUUAAGGUUCUUGAAGAAUUUGUCGAGCCUUACAAAUUCGAAGAACCAGUCAUUACAGAGAUUGCAGAGUCUGUCGAAAUCGUACAAGUUACUGAAGAAGAUGGAGUACCAAAGCAGGUUGAAGUAAAGAAAAAGAAGGUUUCACGAAAACAAGGACCAAUUGAACAAAUCUUUGAAAUCACGGAAACUAAAACUAGUGAUGAACCUUUGGCUGAGGUAACUAUUGUUGAAGUAACAGAAGAUCAGCCUAAGGAAGACGUUGUUCAACCCAAAGAAAAGAAACCAAUUAAAAAACCGAAAAAACUGAAGCCAGAAGAUGUCCAGGACUAUGUCGUUAAGGUUCUUGAAGAAUUUGUCGAGCCUUACAAGUUCGAAGAACCAGUCAUUACAGAGAUUGCAGACUCUGAGCAAGAAGAGCAGGCACUCAGUAAGCCCAAAAAGUCUACUAAAAAGCCAGUUGAAAAAACAGUCCUUAUUGAAGAAAUGGCUCCAGAAACCAUUAUUGAAGACAUCGUUAACGACGAGGGAGAAGAAGUCAAACAGAUCAAGACAACCAAAAAGCUUAAAAAGAAGGAAGGAUCCAAGGAAUAUGUCAUCGAAGUAACCGAAACUUAUCAAGAAAACAAGCCAGAGGCUGAGAUCGAGUUUACUACAAUAGAGAUACCCACGGAGGACUCACCACAGAUUACAGAAGACCAACCAGCCAAGGUUGUUCAGAAGGUUAAGAAGAAGAAGCCUGUGAAGGACGAUCUUGACAAAUACAUACAGCAGUUAAUCGAACAAGAAAUUACAAAAACCACUCUUGAACAAUAUGAGCCAACAGAAAUGGAUGCAAAACCCAAACAACCCAAAAAGAAGGUUAAAACUCACCACAAAAAGACUGUUGAAGACGUCGAUGGCUUACCUGUCACAAUUCACGAGUUCAAUGUUGAAAUCGAACCUGUUAGUGAAGAUCUAAAACCGUUGGAAAUUUUGCCAGAGGACAUCGAAGAGACACCCCAGAAGCCAGACGACUCAUCCAAUUAUAUUGUAAACAUUUCCGAUGAAUUUGUUGAAUCUGAUCAGCCUACUGAAAAAUCUCCGGAGGAAGAACAAAAACCAACCAAAAAAGAAAAAUCGUUGAAAAAGAAGAAGUUGACUGAGGUUCCCGUUCCCUUAACAGAAAUUGAACAAACUGUUGAAGUCGUUGAACAACCCACUGAGGAAGGAGAGGUCAAAGAAAUUACUGUGAAAAAGCGAAAGGUUUCACGGAGGAAGGGAUCCAAAGAACAUGUUUUUGAAAUAACUGAAACUACAAGCGAUGAUCAGCCAAUAGCUGAAGUUACAGUUGUUGAACUAACUUCUGAUGAUGUCCUUGUUUCCGAAGAAAAGCCAAAGCCUGAAAAGAAGAUAAUUAAAAAGCCGAAGCAACUGAAGAUGGAAGAAGUUGAGGACUACGUCAUUAAUGUUAUUGAAGAAUUCGUAGAGCAGGUUCCAGUUGAGGUAGUUGAUAGUGACGCAGUAAAAGUUGAGGAAGAAGCUCCUAAGAAGCCAAAGAAAAUUUCUAAAAAGUACACAGUCACUGAACAAGAAACUCCUGAAAGCAACGUUCCUGAAAUUGUCGAAGACGCUCCAGUGCAGCCAGUUGAAGAUGUCCCACAACAAGAAAUCGAAACCACCGACUUUUCGAUUGGUAUUAAGGAAGAUACUGUAGUUGACGAGAAAAAACAACCAAAGUCUAAAAAGGUGACAAAAACCAAGCAAGUACAGGAACCCGUUUCGGAAGAAAACAAAGAGUAUCUAGUUACUCUUAAAUCUGAAGAAAGUGUCAGACAAGAAGAACAGCCGAAAAAUGAAACUGCAGUUGUUGAAGUUCAAGAUGAUAAACCAUCGGAUCAACCUUCUUUCCAGAUAGAAGAAAUUGAAACCGUAGCAAUAGAACAGGAAGUUAUCGACGAUAAGGGAGAAACUGCGAAGCAAACUGUCACCAAACGUAAAAUUAAGAAGCAACUUGGACCCAAGGAGGAAAUUAUUGAAAUUGUGGAAACUAAGACUGGUGACGAACCCGAGUAUGAAGUCAUUGUAACCACGCAAGAUGCUGAAAUAGUUGAUGAGGAAGUUCCCCAGGAAGAAAAACCGAAGAAGAUUCGCAAAGCUAAAAAAGUGCCAAAGGACGACCUCCAAGACUAUAUCCAGAAGCUUAUUGAGCAGGAUAUACCGAAAACAGAACUGGAAAAGUAUGAAAAGAUCGACUUGGAUGAACCAGUAAAAAUGAAAAAGAAGCCCGUCAAGAAGGUAAAGGUUUCUGAAGAACAACCAACAGAAGAAGCUGAAGAACAGCUGGAAGAUAAGCCACUGGAAGAGAAAACUCAAGCUUCUGAGGAGGAAAAUGACGAACCAUUGCUAACAUUUACCGUCAAGGAAUUUAUUCCCGAAAAACCAGAAGAAACUACUUUCGAAAUAGUUGUCCUUGAAGAAACCGUAGAGACCAAGCAGGUGCCAGAUGAAGAGGGGAAAAUAAGGGAAAAGGUGGUCAAGACAAAGAAGAUAAAACAGAAAAAGGGUCCAGAGGAAGUGGUUCACGAUAUUGUUGAGGUAACAGAUAAGGAUACUAACGAAUCUGAAAUAACGGUUAUAACCACAAGUCCAACGGAAACGCCCGAUCAGGAGGAACCCGUAGUCAAACAAAAGCGGACUAAAAAGGUUAAAAAGGACGAUGUUGAAGACUACAUUAAAGCUGUAAUCGAAGAGGAAGCUCCAAAACCGGCACUGCCAGACGAUGUAGUAGUGGUGGUAGAGGAUUCUGCUUCCAAACCAACUUCUGAGAAGCCGAAAAAGAAAACAAAGAAAGAGAAACAGCCUGUUCCUGAGGAAGAAAAACCAAAGGAGGAUGAAAUAUCUAUUGUUGAAACUAUCAAAGAAGAUGCACCGGUUACCGAUGAUCUAAUAACUAUGCAGGAGUCCAUACCAAGUGUGGAAGAACCUGAACUUGAAAUUGAUCAAGUUGAAGAGAUUAAGAAACCGGAAAAGAAGAAGAAGCCAAAGGCAAAGGUUACUGUGUCAGAAGAGGUUCCACAAGAGGUCUUGGACGAACAGCCAUUAGAAGUUACCGAAAAGGAAUCCGAUAUUGAAAAACCACAACAACAAGAAUUCAAUAUUUCUGUCAAGGAAGAAGAUAAACCUGAGCCUAAGCCAGAAAAAAGAAGACGCCAAAGAAAAUGAGAAGAGUCAGACCAACCGUUAGAGGAAAAAUACGAAAUUUCAAUCAAAGAAAGUGAUUUGGAACCAGCAGGAGAAAAACCUUUCACGAUUGAGAUAAUUGAAAGCGAAACUAAAGUCGAGGAAACAACGGACGAUACUGGGGAAGUUCACAAGCAGGUUACCACCAAACGAAAAUUGAAACGUCCUGAUGGCGAAGGAGAAAUAGAGAUUAUUGAAGUUGUUCGGGACGAUCAGCCUGAGGCGGAAAUAACUAUUGUUGAAUAUGAACCAGAACCUGUACAGCAAGAAGAAAAACCCAAGGAACAAAAGAAAACAAAGAAAGUAAAGAAAGAUGACAUUCACGACUACAUACAAAAGCUUAUUGACAUGGAAACGCCCAAGACUGAGUUGGAAAAGUAUGAGAAAAUUGAAUUCGAACCCAUGGUUAAGGACAAGCCAUCUGAACAUCAAGUUGAUGUUGUUGAGGAAACUCCUUCUGAAAAGCCGAAGAAAGAUAAAAAGACAAAGUCCAAGCCAGUUCCGAACGAAGAGUCUUCUGUUCCAGAUCAAUUUGCUGAGGUAAAAAUAGUCGAAGAAGAAGCUCCGGAACAACCUUUAGUACCGGUUGAAGUUGUCGAAAUUCAACCCGUUGAAGUAGAAAUUCAGGAAGUAGUUUCUGAGGAAGGCAAGCCCAUUCAGGAGAAGACCACUAAACGUGUUUUGAAGAAAAAGGGACCGAAAGAAGAAACCACUUUCAAGAUUACAACCAUUGAAAAUGAGGAUACCGAUUCAGUCACUGUUAUUGUUGAUGAAGAACCGGAUAUAGUUCCCAUACAGGCCGUCGAAGACAAACCUGAGCAGACUGAGGAGAAGCCCAAGCCAAAGCCGAAGAAAACUGUUAAGAAGGUUAAGAAAGAUGAUCUAGACGACUAUGUAAAGAAAUUAAUUGAGGAGGAAAUUCCUAAGCCCGAUUUAGAAAAGUACGAAAAGGUUGAAAUACCAGCAGAAUCUGACAAACCAGCUUCUUCUGAAGUAGCUCCGGCAGAGGUUAAAUUAGAUUUAACAGAGCCAAUACCAAUUGCAGACGACUCAGCCAAACCAAAGAAAACAAAGACUCCAAAGCAUAAAACAAUAGCAACUGACGAAACAAUACAAGACAAACCGACAGACAAAAUUGUUGACAUUACUGACACUACAGAAAUCACACCAAACCAAAUUGCACAACCCGAGGACACAGCCACUGCACAAAUUACACCAAGCGCACAAGAAGAUAAACCUACUCAAGAUGACACUAAAGAUACUAUUCAGAAAACAGUUAAACAUAAGAAAACAAAACCAGACACACAAAAAAGCGUUGAAACAAGUGAAGUACCAGAAGUUCAAAAAGACUAUCAAAUAAGCAUCAUUCACGAAGAGCCCGUUGAGGAAGAGCAGCCGCAAAAGAUUUUGGAGGUGCGAGUCAUCGAUGAAGUUGCUGAAGUCGAGGAAUCACAGCCUAUUGUCGAAGAGGUUGAAGAAGAUGAGGAACAGCCGAUAACAGAGGAUACCCCUGAGGACGUCACAAAGCCAAAAACUAAAAAGAAGAAGGUUGUCAAAAAGAAGACCGAUGACCACGAUGAAAUCAUCAGAAAAUUGCUGGAGCAAGAAAUCGAGAAGACAGAACUUGAGAAGUAUGAGAAACUUGAAUUCGAUCUUCCGAAGAAGCUCAAGCCAGAGUUCGCUAGUCUAGAGCCAAUGAAAAUAGAACGGAAGGAACAGAAACCGACGAAGGUGACAAUUGUCGAGGCUGCCGACGUUCCCAAAACUGUGAAACUUAAGCCCGGCAAACGUAAAGAGAAGCCCGCCGAAGAACAAAGUGUUCAACUGCCUAAAUUCCGUCUCAAAACACGUAUGGUCAUAGUUGAAUUCCCACCUGCUCCGCUUAUUCCGAAGCUUACGAGGAUUGGUGCCACCAAAGAUAAUGGUGAACUAUCUCGAAACAUCGAAGAGGCUGAAGAAGCCCUCAAGUUCAAACCACACAAGACCAAAAAGAUCAAAAAGAUCAAGGAUGAUUUAGAAAAGGUUGAGCUUGAAAAAUACGAGAAAUAUGUCAGUAGUGAGGAAGAGCCAGAGGAAAAGGCACCGUAUCAGAAACCGGAAAAGGCGCCCAAGCCAGAGGAAAAGCAAGAAGAUGUAAAGAUUAAACUGGGCAAGGGUAAAAAGAAACCAAAGGAGGAUGAAGAACCUGAGAACGUUACACUUAAGAAGAUUCCUAUCAAGCCCCAGGAAGUAGAGGAAGAAGUUGAAUUAAAAGCCAAGCCAAAGGAAGUGGUUGUUGUUGAGGAGCAAGCAAAGGAGCCCAAGGAAGGACAGUUCAAUGUUGAGCCGUUCGAACCUGUCGAAUUCGAUCGUCCUGAGUAUGAACCUGAAGAGCUGGAGCCCAUUGAACAUCCAGAUAUGCCAGAAAAACCGAAGAAACCCUUAAAGACCAAAUAUAAGCCAAAGGAGAAAUCGAAGCCAGAGCCAGAAACCAUAAUCUCGGAGAUCGUUCCUGGAGUACCAAAGGAACAGGAGGAAAUACCUGAAGAAGAAAUUAAGUUCCGCAAGCCAGAAAGAAAGGCUCCAGAAGAGACAGACUCCGAAAUCAAACUACGACCAGUUCCUAAAGCACCUCAAGCGGAAGAACCUGCUGAGGAGGCCAUUGUAAGGCCUAAGGUGGAAGAACCCCAGCCUGAAGUGCCCGAAGUUAAAUCUGAUGACGAAGCUAAGAAACCAAAGAAGGCCAAGUCCAAGAAGGUACAGCCAAAGGAAGAAGAGUUACCAGAGCAAAGACCAGAAGACUAUGAGAUAUCGGUAAAGGAAGAAGAAGCUCCUCUAAAGAAGCCAGUCGAAAUUGAACAACCAAAGGAAGUAAAGGUAAAACAGAAGAAGCCCAAAGAAACGCCUGUAUCUGAAGUGGAAGUCACCGAAGAAAUACCCCAACCAGAAGAAGUGCCAGAAGAAAUACCAGUGGAGUACAAGAUAACAACUACGGUUUUGGAGCCAGAAGAGGCACCGAAGGAACAUCAAGUCCGCGUUAUAGAUUCUGAUGAGCGUCAAGAAACCACUGAGGAAGUUAUCGAAGAAAAGGUUGUAACACGGAAGAAGAAACCAAAGCCACAGCAACCAGAAGAGUUUGAAGUCACUUUGAAAGAGCCAAAGGAGGAAGAGCAGCCAGUUGAGGAAGUUUCGGCUGAAAUCGUUCUGCCAGUUGAGCAGCCCGAACAAAUGCCAGAAGAGUUUGAAGUUGAACUUAAAAUGACUGAGCCUACUCCAGAAAAGCCCGUUGAACAGGAAAUUACGGUCAAAGAAAAAACUAAAAAGAAGCUUGUGAAAGAAGUCAAGGGAGAUAAGAUUGUCGUGGUGGAGGAAGAAGAAAAGAUACAACCAGUUGAGGAACAAGUGGUUGAAGUCGAAAAACAAGAGGAAAAGAAGAAGACCAAGAAGCCCACGUCAUAUGAAUUUAGCGUGACAGAAACCGAAGCUAUCGAGGAAAAACCAGCUGAAAUUGUUGAGGAAACACCUGAGGAAACUCCCAUAGUUUUGGAAGAGAAGGUUGUGGAGAAGUUUGAUUCAUAUGAAAUCACUCUCAAGGAAAGUGAAGCAGAGAAGGUGACUGCUGUGGAAGAACAGCCCGAGGAAGAAAUUCCCCAAGAAGUUGUUCUCAAGAAGAAACCGAAAAAACCAGAAGAAUUUGAGGCUGAGGUUGUGUUGACUGAACCAAAGGUUACAGAGGAAACCACCGUGGAAACUGAAAUCAAGCAAAAGAAGGUUAAAAAGCCAAAGAAGACUGAAGAUGAAGCUCAAUUAGAAAUCAAGGUUGUUGAGUCCGAAGCACCUGUUUCUGAAGAAGUGAUUGUCGAAACUGCUAAGCCAGAGAUUGUAGAAAAGCAGGAAGUUGUUGUCGAAGAAAAGCCUGAAGAAUUUAGCAUUCGUGUUUCGGAAACUGAGGCCAAGCCAGAAGAACCAAGCGAAGCACAGUUUACAGUGAAAAAACGCAAGCCUUCAGUCACUUUUGCCGACGAACCAGCGACCGAAAUCAUUUUGAAGGAGUCCAAGCCCGUUGAAGAAGUUACUGAAGAAGCUCAAAUCAAGACCAAGAAGCCCAAGAAGAAGGUUAAGGAUGUGGAGGCUGAAGAAUUAAAGAUCACAAUUACUGAGGAGACUCCACAGGAAGUUCCAAUAGUUGAAGAAGUCGAGGAGGAAGAGGUGGUCACGGUGGUCAAAGAAGAAGUGCCGAAGGUUGAAGAUAAAACCUAUACUUUUGGCAUUAAGGAGACUCAGCCUGAGAAACCUGUAGAAGUGAUUGCGAAGGAAGAGCCGGUGGUAGCAGAACCGAUUGUGGAAGAGCCGCAGCCUGAAGUUUUUGAAGAACACAAGGUUAAAGUCAUUGAGGAAACUCCACGUGAAGUUGUUGAAGAAGUCGUCGAGGAAGAAGUUAAGGUUAUUCGCAAGAAGAAGCCUAAGCCUGAAGCUAAGGAUGAACCUGAGGCGGAAGUAACUGUCUCAGCUCCUAGGCCCGUCGAUGAAGUCGAAGCUACUUCCAGCAUUACAGUGGUUCCAGAGCAGCCGACCGAAGAAGAAGCCGCUGAUCUAAAAAUAACAAUUAUUGAAGAAGUGGCGCCACCUCAAGACCUUGUACAAGAGAUAGAAGAAAUUGAAAUCGUCGAGAAACCGAAGGCACCGGAAGAGACGCCCGCAGACUUUAGCUUUGCCAUUAAGGAAGCUGAAAAGGAACCAACCGUGGAAGAGUUACCGGAGGAACAGGUUACGAUUCAGAAAAAGAAGAAGAAGGCGCCUGUGGCUGAGGUUGUAGAAGAACCCGAAGCUGAAUUCAUGAUGAAGCCCAAGCAGCCAGUGCAAGAAGUUUCCGAAGAAGCCAAGAUCAAGAAGAAGUCCAAGAAACCUGUUGCCCAAGAGGAGGCAGCUGCAGAGCUGAAGGUUACUAUCACUGAGGAUGUUCCUACGGAAUCUGAAGUUCAGGAAAUCAUUGAGGAAAUCGAAGAAGUACCAGAAGAAAAGCCCGCUGAGUACACUAUUGGUGUUAAAGAAACUGAACCAGAAGCGCCAAAGGAAGAAGAAGUCAGCUUACCCAAAAAGAAACCAAAGGCUAUUCCAGUUGUUGAAGAGCCCGAGGCAGAAGUUACUCUGAAGCCGAAACCAAAGGUGGAAGAAGUUGAGGAAGAGGCUAAGAUAGUGAAGAAGAAACCAAAGAAACCUGUCGAAGAAGCCGCUGCUGAGGAUCUUACAGUUAAAGUUGAAGAAGAAGUUAUUCCCGAGCCGAUUGUAGAAGAAGAGAUUAUAGAGGAAGUCCAAAUUAAGAAGAAGCCAGAACCUACACCAGAGGACAUUGUCGAUGCUGCGGUUGUGAAACUAAAGAAACCACAACCGGAAAAGGCAGAUGAAGUGGUGGCUGAAGUAACUCUGAAGCCUAAGGCACCGAAGGAGGUUCAGGAAGAGGAAUUCUCUGUGGAUGUUAAACUGCCAAAGGAACAGAAGGUGACCGAGGAAACUUCCGACCAAACAGUACAGCUUAAAAAGAAAAAGAAGCCACAAAAACCCGUGGAGGAGGCUGCUGCUGAACUGGAGCUAAAACAAACGGUUAUCGAAGAAAGGCCAGUUGAAAUCGAAGAGGAAGAAAUCGUUGAAGAGGCAGUCAUAAUUCGGAAGAAACCAAAGAAACCGUUCGAACCAACUGUUGAGGAUCUUGAAGAAACUGAAUUCAGUCUUUCCUUUAAAAAGCCACAUACCAUCAAUGAGGGCGUGGAAGAGGCUGCCACCGUGCUAAAGAAACGACCAGUAAAGCCCACCACCAUGGAUGAGGCCGCGGCUGAACUUUCUAUCAAACGCCAACAAGAAGAAUACGAAGAGGGCGAAGAUAUCGAAGAGUUUGUCGUUAGCCAACGUGCCAAGCCAAAGCCUCUGCAGAUAACUGAAGAAGGUGAAGAAGCCUACACUGUUAAGAAGCUGAAGAAACGCAAGCAGGUCGACAUUCCCGAAUACGCUGACGUUGAGAAUGUCACGUUCCGUGCCAAGACUACCAAGACUAAGGAGGAUGUCGAUCAGGAGUUCAACAUUGCUCUAGACUCGUAUGCAGAGGAGGAAAUCUCUAUGUCUGGCAAGGUUAAGCUUAAGAAACCGAUCAAAAAGACUUUCUCUGAGGCAGCCGAUGAGGCCCACAUUAAGAUCAUGCAUGAUUACGACGAUGGUGAAGAGCCCAUCAUCGAGGAGAUUCGAGACGAUGAGGAUACCAUCGAUGAAGUCGAGGAGCCUGAAGAGUACUUUGUUGAGGAACUUCCACCAGAUGAUGUCGAUUUCAAGCUGAAGCCCAAGAAGCAACCCAAGCCUACCUAUUCCGUUCAGGAUGAGGAAGAAGAACAGUUCCUGAUUGGCAUUCGGCAUCCUAAACGUGAUUCUGUGACCUAUGAUGAGGAUUCUCUAACGUUCAAGAAGAAGCGUAAGGUUGUCCAACAACUUUUCAAUGAAGAUGGAGCAUCGCUUAAUAUCACCAGAGAAAUGAAUGUUGAAGAAUCGGAAAAUCCCAAUGUUAUGUACUCCAUUUGCAAUUAUAUUGCUGAUAACGACGAAGCUAUAAACUUAGUGGAGGGUGAAAAGGUAACGGUGAUUGGACGUCACAGCUCUGAGUGGUGGUAUGUCAAGAAGAGCAUUACCGAAGAAGAAGGCUGGGUUCCUGCUCAAUAUCUUAUGGAGCCCGAUGAAUACGCUCAAUAUGUGCAAAAUAAGUUGCAUGAGAAGAUCGAUAAGCUGCCUGUGUUUGAACGUCCUGGACCAGAAGAUAAGCCCAUUGCCCCACGAUUUAUUGAGAAACUGCAGCCCAUUCACACACCUGACGGCUACACUGUGCAGUUCGAGUGCAAAGUUGAGGGUAGCCCGAGGCCACAAAUUGCCUGGUUCCGCGAGACUGCCAUUAUCAAGCCCUCACAGGACUUCCAAAUAUUCUACGAUGACGAUAAUGUGGCUACCCUGAUUAUUCGCGAGGUCUUCCCCGAGGAUGCAGGUCAGUUUACGUGUGUGGCCAAGAACGCCGCUGGAUUUACUUCCAGUACCACGGAACUGAUUGUGGAGAGUCCACUGUCCGAUCAUGGUUCUGAUGCAACAGCCCUAUCCCGUCGCAGCAUGUCCCGUGAAUCUUCGCUGGCGGAUAUUUUGGAGGGAAUUCCACCAACAUUCUCCAAGAAACCAAAAGCCCAGUACGUGGACGAGAAUACAAAUGUAAUUCUAGAGUGCCGACUGGUAGCCGUUCCAGAACCGGAUAUUGUCUGGACCUUUAACGGUGUAGACAUUGACGAGGAAGAGCUCAAGAAUGUUCGCAUUGUUACCGAAUCCGACAUGCACAUGUAUUGCAGUGUGGUGCAUAUCACCAAGGUGAAAAAAUCGCAAGAAGGCAUUUAUGAGGUGAUUGCUACAAAUCGCGAAGGUGAAGCACGUCUUCCGAUCACACUGAAGGUGCGUACCACCGACCAGGAGGCACCACAGAUCUUGGAACCCCUGCGCAACAUGGUCAUACGCGAAGGUGAGAGUGUUGUGCUUUCCACUCAGAUUGUGGGAAAUCCACCACCAAAGGUAACGUGGUACAAGGAUGGCAAGCCCGUCAAGAAUGCCAAGUCCGACAAGGAUUUGCACACCUUAACACUAAUCACGCCCAAGAAGUCCGAAAAGGGUGAAUACACUGUUAAGGCUGUAAAUCCCUUGGGAAAUGUGGAGACUACUGCUAAUCUCACAAUCGAAGAAGCUACCAGUGGUAACGCAGAGCCACCACUCUUUGUGGAACGCUUCGAGGAGCAAAAUGUGCCACAAAAGGGAGAGAUUCGUUUGCCAGCCAAGGUUUCCGGCAAUCCCGUUCCCGAGGUUCAAUGGCUAUUCAACAACAGUCCAUUGUUCCCCAGCGAACGCAUCCAACAGGUAUACGAUGGCGAGAACAUUGAGCUCAUCAUUAAGGAUGCCAAUCCAGAAACUGAUUCCGGCGACUACAAGUGCAUUGCCAGCAACCCCAUUGGUAAAACGUCUCACGGAGCCCGUGUGAUUGUCGAAGUCGAUGAGGUGACCUUCACUAAGAAGCUUAAGAAGACCAUUACCAUCGAGGAGGUUCAAUCUCUAACCCUGGAAUGUGAGACUUCCCACGUAGUGACCACCAAGUGGUUCUUCAAUGGCAAAGAGCUCAGCGGCAUGGAUCAUCGUGUUGUUGUUGAAGAUGGCAAGACCCACAAAUUAGUGAUAAGAAACACGAAUCUUCGUGAUUCUGGCACUUAUGUCUGCAAGGUUAAGAAACAAGAGACUCAGUCAACUGUGGAGGUGCUGCAACGCAAACCCGAUUUUAUUAAGGUACUCGAGGACUACGAGGUAACCGAAAAGGAUACGGCCAUUUUGGAUGUAGAGCUUACUACAGAGGCAACUGAGGUUACCUGGUUUAAGGAUGGCGAGAAAAUCACGCCUGAAAACAAGAAUGUUGAGUUCAUUAAGGACGGCAAGGCUCGUCGCCUGGUCAUCCGCGAUACCACCAUCCAUGAUGAGGGUCAGUAUACUUGUAAGAUCGAAGGACAGGAGUGCAGUUGUGAGCUGGUUGUCAUUGAGCUGCCACCAGAGAUUGUUGAGCCGCUAAAGGAUGUUUCGGUGACUAAGGGUGAAAAUGCCACAUUGGAAGUUGAGCUCAGCAAGGGCGACGCCCUGGUUAAAUGGUAUAGGAACGGCAAGGAGAUUGUGUUCAAUGAACGCAUUCAGCUGGCCAUUGAUGGCAAGAAGCAAUCAAUUCGCAUUCUUAAGGCCAAGCCAGAGGAUGUUGGCGAAUACUCCAUCCAGGUUGGUGAACAAACCUCGAAGGCCAAACUGACUGUUGAGGAGCCGUUGGUUAACUUUGUCGUCCCCCUGCCGGACGUCACGCUGGCCACAAAGACCACAGAUGCUGAGUUUACGGUUGAGCUGUCUCAGCCCGACGUGGAAGUGACCUGGUGCAAGAAGGGUAAGCCAAUCAAGCCCAACAAGAAGCACGAGGUCUUCGUUGAGGGAACUGUCCGACGAUUGGUCAUCCACGACGCUAAUGACGACGAUGCCGGCGAGAUCAGCUGCGUGGCCGAGAAUGUCACCAGCAGUACCAAACUGUGCGUGGAGGAGCUCAAACUGCCACCCGUCAUUACCUCUGACAAGGAUCAGACAAUCAAGGUAAAGGAGGACGACGAUGCCAUCUUCACUGUCAAGUACACAGGCGUCCCAACACCCGAGGCUAUAUGGACUACGCGCAAGGUUGUCAUACCUAAGUCAAAGCGCACAAUUCCGGCCAUCGAUGAACAGUCUGCCACGCUAACCAUCAAAAAGGUUGUCGACGAUGACGAGGGCGAGUACACCGUUAAGCUUGUCAACCCAGUUGGCGAGGCGGAGGCCAGCCUGCAUUUGGUCAUUAUGCGCAAGCCGACGGCACCUGGUACUCCUCAACCACUGGAGAUAAUGCACGAUUCCAUUACGCUCUACUGGAAGGCGCCGGAGGACGAUGGCAAAUCGGAAAUUAUCGAAUACAUUCUGGAGUACCACGAUGUUAAGGAAGAAAAAUGGACUGAAAUUCGCAAGAUAAAGGAUACUACAUACACCAUCAGCAAGCUGAAGAUCGACACGGAGUAUGUGUUCCGUUCGAUUGCCGUGAAUGAGGUUGGACCCUCACCGCCCUCACCGGCUUCGCCACCCAUCCGUUUGGUGCCCAAGGUCGAGACGGAGGCGCCAAGCGUACGCGAACCUCUGCAAGAUGUGGUUAGCGAAUUGGACAAGGAGGUUACGCUGUCCUGCGUGUUCGGCGGCAUUCCAGAGCCAAAGGUGACGUGGAAGAAGAACGGCAAGGUGUUUGAGUCGAGUAACCAACGUUACGAGAACCGUGUAGCCAAAUACACAAUUGAAAAGACAACUAUUGAGACUGAAGCCACAUACACAUGUGUGGCGACCAACGAGAAGGGCACCGUGGAGACGUCGUGUCGCCUGAAGCUGCAGCAGAAGCCUGUCCUCGAGGUAGAGGAUAAGUAUCUGACGCAGAAAAUACGCACGGGCAGCACUCUCACCAUUCCAGCAACGGUCCGCGGCUAUCCACAACCCACCGUGACCUGGCACAAGGAGACGGUGGAGCAAAAGACCACCAAGACGGUCACUAUCGAGACAACCGAGACCACUUCCACCUACACUGUGAAGAAGGUCACCCGCGAGUUCUCCGGCAAAUACAAGGUCACGGCCACCAACGAAUCCGGAUCUACGUAUGUGGAAUGCACGGUUCAGGUGAUCGACAAGCCCAGCAGACCUCAGUCCCUGGAGAUUAAGGAUGUUAAAAAGGACUCGAUCACCUUGGAGUGGACGCCGCCCAUCGAUGAUGGCGGUUUGGAGAUCAAUAAAUAUAUCCUGGAGAAGUGUGAUGUUCAGAACAAUGUCUGGAUGAAGGUUUCCGACUUUGACAAGACCAUAAAAUCCUAUGCGGUUCAGAAAUUAUCGAUGAAUUCGCAAUACAUGUUCCGUGUGGUGGCCGCCAAUCCAAUUGGCGAAUCAGAGCCCACGGAAAGUGAUCCUGUGACUAUAACUAAGAAGUUUGAAAAACCAUCGCCACCACGUGGCCCCACGACUGUAUCGGGAAUGAACGACACAUCCUUUAAUUUGGCUUGGGAACCAUCCGAGAACGACGGUGGCUCCAAAAUCAUUGAGUACAUUGUGGAAAUACGGGAAGAGACUGAAACCAUCUAUAGAUCGGUGGGCACUAGCCUGGGCACUGUCACCAAUAUUCACGUGGAGAAGGUGGUCAGGAAUAAGGGCUAUCUGUUCCGCAUUUAUGCGAGAAACGAGGCUGGCACUAGCGAGGCGUACGAGACCACGGAAAAGAUUGUCGUGGGUCGCAAGAUAACGCCUCCAUCGCCACCUCAGAAUCUAAGGGCACCGGAUGUUACCAGUCGAAGUGUUACCUUGGACUGGGAGGUGCCAGCCCGCAAUGGUGGUUCCGAAAUCACGGGCUACUGCGUGGAAAAACGUUCGUCAACAUCUACAACUUGGUCAAAGGUCAUUACACUGGACGCUCACCAACUGCAUUACACGAUUGACAAUUUGAAGGAGAAGUGCGAGUACUGGUUCCGUGUGUCUGCGGAAAAUGAGGCUGGAUUAGGUGCACCAGCCGUCACCGAGAGCGUAUCGCUCAAGACACAUGCCACCGUUCCCUCGCCACCGACCGCUCCACUGGAGGCGCGCGUUCUUGCCGCCAAUGCCCAUAUCUUCGAAUGGGGUAUUCCCGAGUCAGAUGGAGGUGCGCCUCUGCUCGGUUACCACAUCGCGAUAAGGGACAUGAAGAAGACCAUGUGGAUCGAGGUGGGUCGUGUGCCAGCUGGCGUGCAGAAAUUCCAGAUCAGAGACCUGCAGGAGAAUCACGAGUAUAUGAUUCGCAUAUUUGCCAAGAACGAGAUUGGUCUGAGUGAACCUCUAGAGUCAGAGGAGCCCUACAAGGUUAUGACCGCUGGUCAUGAGAGCCUGCCGGACGAGCCGCGCACCGAGAUGAGCACGUGCAAUACUUCGUCGUGGCUGCGUGACCACAACAUGGAUGCAGACAUCCAUUCGUAUGCGCGCGGCAGGCUGCUUCAACGCGAUGAGUACUUCUUCCGACUGUGGGCGGAGAUACCCAAGAGCAAAAAGAAGAAGAGCUCCAAAUAGUCGGUAAAAAAAUAUACAUAAAAACAACCAAAAAAAAAAAAAAAACGACAACGAAAUGAGAAACACUUUAGUCAUAGGUUAAGCAUAUUUCAAUUGUAUUUUAUAUAACACAAGAACACGGGCAGCGAGCCCUGGAUUUUGUAGCUUUUUGUACUGUACUAGAGAUGACGAUGAUAUGUAAGGAUGAUGUAAUGAUAAUUGCAUCCCAUUGGCAGCGAUGUCAACGACUCCCGGCCAAAGAGUGCGAGCGAAGACAAACUUAAUGCCCGGGAGCGUGGACGUGGCGCAAUGCUAGGAUGGCCAUUAUAUCAUCUAAUUAAUGGACAUAAUUUUAGAUUUUUCAUUUGCAUAGAGUUCUAUUUUGUUUUUAUUAUUUUCCGUUUUCAUUGUUUUAUUUUUGACUUAUUUUAUGGUAAGCUGUGAUAAAUCUAUCAAAAUCGAAAGCGUCAAACGAAGCAACAAAAAAUGAAACACAAUAUAUAUUAAAUGCCACCAAGAGGCGAACCAUUUGGCAUCGGGCAACGGAAGCCAACGAGCCGCAGCCCUCCAAAACACCCAAUACCAUCCCAAAUCCCCGCCAGGGUAACUCAAUAUCCUUUCUCCUCUCGGGAGACAAAAAACAACAAAUGGUGCAAUUCGAUAUGAGUUAUUUCUGGGGAGUGUGUUGCGAGUCGCUGGCUUCAGUUGUCUUUGUCUUGGAUUCACCCUGGCUAAAAUUUAUGGCAUAAUAGAAAUAUAAAUAUAUAUACAUAUAGAGGUUACACUCGCGUGUCUUUAAAGUUACAAAAACCAAAUGAACAAAUAUAAUAAAAUUAAAAAAUAAAUCAAAUACUUCUUACCUUAUUCAAAACAUCUCAUAUGGGCCAUGGAUUCUUCUUCAUGAUACAUAUGUAUCGGCAAUCAAACAUUUCAUUUAAAAUGAAAUAAGAAUUUAAGUCAUUCAAAAUUCUUUUGGAACCUUUAGAAAUAUUUUCUAAGCCAUUCUUUCGCAUAAAUCUAUAUUGGAUCGUUACAAUGGGAGCCGAUACUCCAACACCCCUUGGACAGGGGGAGACCAGGGCCUUCAAUGCGUUUAUGAAGAAAUACAUUAAGAGUCAUCUACAUCAGGACGAAGAUGAGUGGAAAUGGUACGGUUCGAAUGCCUGGGGCAAGCUAACUACCACGCAAAAGAAAUUAUUUGCGACGAAGCCCAAGGGAUAUACACCCAAAAUAAGAGUUCCUAUCCAGAAAAGGAAACGAGCACUGAAACCAAAGGCCAAACGCAAAACUGUUGGUCGUCCCACCAGUCCGCGUGCUAAAAACGCAGCACAAAAAUUGGCAAAAAGCAAAACAAAAAAACAUGAAAAGAGAGACAAAUUCGCAUAUUCUAAAUAUUCAAAACCAAAUAAAAGGAAGCACUUGGGAAAUUAAUAUAAGCAUCGGACUUGUAUUUUUCCAUGGAUCAAGGGCAGCUUUUGUAAAAUUGUAAAUUAUAAAUUAAAUGUAAAAUAUACUA